AUGUCAACACAAGCACCAUCGUUCACUCAGCCGCUGCAGAGCGUCGUGGCACUAGAGGGUAGUGCUGCGACGUUCCAGGCUCAAGUUAGUGGUUCUCCAGUUCCUGAGGUGAGCUGGUUCCGUGAUGGCCAGGUUCUUUCCGCCGCCGCUCUGCCCGGCGUUCAGAUCUCGUUCAGCGACGGCCGCGCUGUUCUGAGGAUCCCCGCUGUGACCGCCGCACACAGCGGGAGGUUUUCUGUCAGAGCCACCAACGGCGCCGGGCAGGCCACGAGCACCGCUGAACUCCUCGUUACAGCGGAGACAGCUCCUCCCAGCUUCGUCCAGAGACUGCAGACAUCCACGGUGAGACAGGGCAGCCAGGUGAGACUGGAUGUCAGAGUCACAGGAAUCCCAACACCUGUGGUGAAGUUCUACAGAGAGGGAGCCGAGAUCCAAAGCUCCGCCGACUUCAGGAUCCUCCAGGACGGAGACCUGUACAGCCUGCUGAUCGCCGAGGCUUUCCCAGAGGAUUCUGGGAUGUAUUCUGCCACCGCCACCAACAGCAGCGGCCGGGCCACGUCCACCGCCGAGCUGCUGGUUCAGGGUGAAGAGGCUGUUCCAGCAAAGAAAACCAAGACAGUGAUUUCACCAAGACAACCCCGAGGAGACAAGAGUAUGUUUAGAGUCUGGCGUUUCUGUCCUCAGACGGAGACGCUGGCCGACGCCGAGCAGCUCGCUCACAAGACUCCACCCAGAGUUCCUCCCAAACCCACAUCUAAGUCGCCGACGCAGCCGUCGCUGGUCGCCAAGGUGGCGGCAGGACGCCAACAGUCACCGUCACCUGUCAGACAUGUGAAGGCGCCGACGCCCACACCUGUCAGGUGGGUGGAGACGCAAGCUCUAACAGUGACGUCUUCGUUCCCCUUCAGGCCCGUUAAGUCACCGAUCACCACUCGCAAGCUGUCGCCCUCCGGCGCUGACGUCCGUCCGCCGUGGAAACAGGGAGACGUACCUGAAGGCGCCGUGGCCCUGGCAGAGGGCAAAGAGGUGAGGCAGGGGCCACUGGGGAGGGGGGUCCAACAGCCUCAAACCGUCCACAUGGAACCACCUGAAGACAGAUCCACUGAGACCCUGGACAUCGAUGGACUGACUGAUCCUGAAGUUUCCUCGAUCGCCCACCUGCUUCUUCACCUCCGUCCUGCCAUGGAUGUCCUCAGAUCUAUGUGCUGCUGCUUGUGUCUCCAGGCUGGGGGAGGGAAAAGAGCCGGGGCGGUGGCCACGGUGGUGGCCGCCGUCGACCUGGCUCGGGUCCGUCAGCCGGUGCAUGUGGAGGGCGGUCGAGCCGAAGAGGAGGAGGUGGAGGCGGUAGAGUUCAGGCAGCAUGGAGUCAGCUGGAUGUCUGGACAAACGCUCACUGCUGCUCAGAGGUUCACAGCUGAAGCAGGCCUGCAGCCUCAGGUAGACGUGACCCACGGAAACACCUGGAUUACCAAGAGAUUUGACCCAAAGAUCAGUUGGGUUUCACUGCACCUGCUGAUCAUUGAGCAGACUCUGCUUCAGAUUCAGACUGAACUCUCCGUCCGUGUGGACACUGGUCUCAGCCCGUCUCCAGUUCCACAUUUCACCGUUUCUAAAGUUUCUGUCCCAAAACACGAGUCUAGCAGUGAGGUUUCCAUCGCCGGCUCGGCCAUCGCCACGCUGCAGAAAGAGUUUUCCUCCUCCGCCACUCGAAAGAUCACCAGGUCCGUCAAGUCUCCGAGUCCGUCUCGCUCAGCGGUCGAGACCAGAGAGAUGCUGGAGUCCGUCCCGUCGCCCUUCAGAAGCUUUUCAGAGACAUAUCAGAGCGGUUUAGAGUUUCAGACGGGGUACUCGGACAGACUGUAUGAGCACUGGGGAGCUCAGCUGUCCGGUGUUCUUGCUUUCUGUGAGUCCAGGACUAAACGUCCCUCUAAUAAACUAACGUGCUCGUCGAUGCUACUGACCUCCUCAUCCUCACCUCUUCAUCCAUCCAGCCCUCUGUGUUUCUGUGUCGUCUCCUUUUCAUCGCCUGUUCAGCACAAAUUCAAAGUCUUGUCGAGGUUUGAUUUUAACAGUUGUGUGAUUGUGCAGCAGGUGAUGGAGGCAGCAGCCGUACCGUCUGCAGGUGGCGCUGUGGUCCCGCCCACCCUGGUGUCGGGACUGAAGAACAUGAACGUAACCGAAGGCGAGUCGGUGACGCUGGAGUGUCAGAUCAGCGGCCAGCCCACGCCCGUCGUCAUGUGGUUCAGGGAGGACUACAAGAUCGAGAGCUCCAUCGACUUCCAGAUCAGCUACCAGAGCGGAGUCGCCCGGCUGGUGAUCCGCGAGGCGUUCGCCGAAGAUAGCGGCCGCUUCACCUGCACCGCCACCAGCGAGGCGGGAACCGUCAGCACCUCCUGCUACCUGCUGGUCCACGUGUCUGAAGACAUCGAGAGCAGGGAGGAGAUCGCUGCCCCUGAACAAACUGAAACUGCUCAAGAGAAACUAAUAAGUGAAGAAACCAGAGAGGAGGUGAGCGUGGUGGAGUCCGAUACUGCUCCUGCUGCUCCCUUCUUCAUCAAGACGCCGACCGUCCAGAAGCUUGUGGAGGGAGGAAGCGUCGUGUUCGAAUGUCAGGUUGGAGGGAACCCAAAACCUCACAUCAUUUGGAAGAAGAGCGGCAUUCCGCUCACCACCGGAUACAGAUAUAAAGUAGCCUACAAGAAGGAGACUGGAGAGUGCAGGUUGGAGAUCUCCAUGACCUUUGCCGAUGAUGCCGGAGAAUACUCCGUCUUUGCCAAGAACCAGCUGGGAGAAGUUUCAGCCUCAGCCAGCCUGCUGGAGGAAGAGGAAUAUGAAGUCUACAUGAAGAAACUAGAAGCGACCUUUAAGACUGAAGUGACAGCCAUGGUGACGGAGCCCAGAGUGGGAGAUGUUCCCCCCGUGGAGCAGCUGACCACCACCAUCAUCUCCGGACAGGAGUUCCAUCUGUCUGCCAUUGAACAAAGAAUCAUCCAGGAGAUUGAGAACAAAAUCAUGAUGAUAACCUACAAAGAGAUAGUGACAGAAGACGGAGAGCUGAUGGUGUCUGUCAGCGCCACCGAGGCGGAGCAGCCGGCCUUCGACACGCCCAUAAAAAACUACAGGAUCAUGGCAGGAAUGGGCGUCACCUUCCACUGCAAGAUGGCCGGAGUGCCACUGCCCAAGAUUGCUUGGUAUAAAGACGGCCAGCGCAUCAGGGCCGGAGACCGUUACCAGAUGGAGGUUCUUCAGGACGGACGAGCCAGCCUCCGUCUGCCCGUGGUGCAGCCAGAGGAUGAAGGCGUGUACACCGCCUUCGCCACCAACAUGAAGGGAAACGCAGUCAGUUCUGGGAAACUCUAUGUGGAGCCGUCCGGAGCUGUAACCCCCCAGAGAUACACCCCACAGCCGGCCGUGCAGAGGAUCAGAUCCACAUCUCCUCGUUCUCUGAGCCGUUCACCCGGACGUUCUCCCAGCCGAUCUCCUGGACGUUCUCCUGCCCGUCGGCUCGAUGAGACGGACGAGGCUCAGCUGGAAAGACUCUACAAACCCGUGUUUGUCAUGAAACCUUCCUCAUGUAAAUGCUCUGAAGGACAAACUGCCAGGUUCGACCUGAAGGUUGUUGGCAGACCGAUGCCCGACACCUACUGGUUCCACAACGGACAACAAGUGGUUAGCGACUACACCCAUAAGAUCGUGGUUAAAGAGGACGGUACUCAGUCCCUGAUCAUCGCACCAGCUCUGCCACCGGACUCUGGAGAAUGGACCGUUGUAGCUCAGAACCGAGCCGGACGAUCUUCCCUCUCUGUCACUCUCACUGUCGAUGCUAAAGAGACCUUGGUGCGUCCACAGUUCACUGAGAAGCUGAAGAACAUCAGUGUGAAGCAGGGAACUCUGGUAGAACUGGCUGUCAAAGCCAUCGGAAACCCGCUGCCGGAUAUCGUCUGGCUGAAAAACAGCGACAUUGUCACCCCUCACAAGCACCCAAACAUCAAGAUCGAAGGAACCAGAGGAGAAGCCAAAUUCCAGAUUCCCUCAGCAGCUGGCUCAGACAGCGCCUGGUACACCGCUACAGCCAUCAACAAGGCCGGCAGAGACACCACCCGCUGCAGAGUCAACGUGGAGGUGGAAUACGUUGAGCCUGAGCCUGAGAGGAAACUCAUUAUCCCCAAAGGAACCUACAAAGCUAAAGAGAUCGCCCCUCCAGAAGUGGAGCCUCUCCACCUGCGAUAUGGUCAGGAGCAGUGGGAGGAGGGAGACCUCUAUGACAAAGAGAAGCAGCAGAAACCACAGUUCAAGAAAAAGCUGACCUCUGUCCGCAUGAAGCGCUUCGGUCCGGCUCAUUUUGAGUGCAGACUGACUCCUAUUGGCGAUCCCACCAUGGUGGUGGAGUGGCUGCAUGAUGGCAAACCUCUGGCCGCCGCCAACAGGCUGCGCAUGGUCAAUGAAUUUGGCUACUGCAGUCUGGACUAUGAAGUCGCUUACGCCAGAGACAGCGGUGUCAUCACCUGCAGAGCUACCAACAAGUACGGAGUCGACCAGACCUCGGCCACCCUGAUCGUCAAGGAUGAGAAGGGGCUUGUUGAGGAAACUCAGCUCCCUGAAGGCAGGAAGGGAACAUACAGGAUGGACGAGAUAGAGCGCAUCGCUCAUGAAGGUGGACCAUAUGGAGUCACCGCUGAAGAAGAAACUGAAAAAAUGAAGCCAGAAAUUGUCCUUCUCCCUGAACCAGUCAGUGUUUUGGAGGGCGACACGGCACGAUUCCGCUGCAGAGUGACCGGUUAUCCAGCACCGAAGGUCAACUGGUACCUGAACGGACAACUGAUCCGCAAAAGCAAGAGGUACAGACUUAGAUAUGAUGGCAUUUACUAUCUGGAGAUCAUUGAAAUCAAAUCCUACGAUGCAGGAGAGGUCAAAGUAGUGGCAGACAACAACUUGGGCUCAGCUGAGCACAUUGUGAAGCUGGAGAUUCAGCAGAAGGAAGACUUCAGGACUCAUCUGCGCCGAGCCCCCGAGGCUAAAGCUGCUGAGGCCGCACCCGAACCUGGAAAAACACCUUUUGAGGUGGUGAAGGUGGAGAAACUUGCAGAAGACUCUCAGCUGAAAGAGGUGGUCAAGCUAAAGAAGGCCCAGAGGAUUGUCCAUGAAAAGGCCACAGAGGAGACGGAGGAGCUGAGGAGCAAGUUCAAGCGCAGGACGGAGGAGGGCUACUAUGAGUCCAUCACCGCCGUGGAGCUCAAGUCUCGUAAGAGGGACGACUCCUAUGAAGAUCUGCUGAAGAAGACUAAGGAAGACCUGCUUCAUCAUGCCAAGGAGAAGGAAGAGGCUGAGAAGAAGAAGGAGGAGGAACGCAAAGUCACAGCUAAACCCCUAAAACCAGAGAGAAUCAAGUUGUCAGCCAGCAUGGAAGCGCCGAAGAUCCUGGAGCGCAUCACCAGUCAGACAGUUGCUCAGGGCGAAGAAGUUAAGUUCAGGGUCAGAGUCGUAGGCAGACCAGAACCAGAGUGCCAAUGGUUCAAAAACGGUGUUCAGCUGGAGAAGUCGGACCGUGUUUACUGGUACUGGCCUGAGGACCAUGUAUGUGAACUCGUUAUCAGAGACGUCACCGCCGAGGACUCAGCUAGCAUCAUGGUUAAAGCCUCCAGCAAAGCUGGAGAGACUUCCAGCCACGCCUUCCUGCUAGUCCAAGCUAAGCAAGUCAUCACCUUCACGCAGAAGCUGGAGGACGUCAAUGCCAAGGAGAAGGACACCAUGGCUACUUUUGAGUGUGAAACCAAUGAGCCUUUUGUGAAGGUCAAGUGGUUGAUGAACAACAUGGAGAUCUUCUCUGGAGACAAAUACAGGAUGCACUCUGACAGAAAGGUCCACUUCCUGUCUGUGCUGGUGAUCGGCUUGAAGGACGAUGCAGAAUAUUCCUGCGUGGUUGUAGAGGACGAGAACGUCAGGACGAAUGCCAGGCUCGCUGUUGAAGGAGCUCCUCUGGAGAUCCUGAAGCAGCUGGAGAGCACUGAGGUGCCUGAGACGUACUCUGGAGAGUUUGAAUGUGUCGUGUCUCGUGAGGAUGCUGAAGGCAGCUGGUUCUUCGGAGAAAAGCUGCUUCCUCCAAGCAGUAAAUAUGUCAUGUCUUCCCGCCGUGGAAGACACACCCUGUCUGUGAAAGACGUCAAGAAGGAAGACCAAGGAAAAUACACUUUCAAAGUGGGCGAGUUCAAGACCAGCGCCUCCCUGAAGAUGAAGUUACGCCCAGUGACCCUGAUGCAGCCUUUGACCGACCUGACAGUCUGUGAGAGCGACAUCGCUCAGCUUGAGGUCAAGUUCUCACAGGAGAACGUUGAAGGGACCUGGAUGAAGAACGGGCAGCCUGUCACAGCCUCAAACCGUGUGCACAUCGUUACUGACAAACAGAUCCACAAACUUCUGAUCGAAGAUACCAGCAAGGAUGACUUUGGCGUGUACUCCUUUGUGGUUCCUGCUCAGGAGAUCUCAACCUCUGCUAAGCUGGUCAUUCAGACUAUUGGUAUCCUGAUCCCACUGAAGGACACCAGUGCUGUUGAGGGCACGAAGGCUGUCCUGGAGGCCAAGAUCUCCGCUCAGGACAUCAGCUCUGUCAAGUGGUACCACAACGACAAACUGAUAACACCCAGCGAGCGAAUCCAGACAGUGGCUAAAGGAGCAAAGCAGCGCCUGGUCUUCAAUAGGACCUUCGCCUCUGAUGAAGGACACUACAAGCUGGUUGUUGGACGAGUCGACACCACCUGCAAAUUCACUAUACAGACCGUCCAGAUCGUGAAGCCAAUGAAGGACAAAGAGUGUUCCGAGUCAGAGAACGUCACCUUCAAGGUUGAGGUUUCUCACCCUGGCAUCGAUGCCUUCUGGACCUUCAAGAGGCAGCCGCUCAAAGCCGAUGCCAAUCACAAGAUGGAGUCCAAGAACAAGUGCCACACCCUGACGGUCAUGAAUGCAAUGAAGGAUGAAGAGGGCGAGUACAUGUUCGCCGCUGGUGAGAAGAUGUGCACUGCCACACUCACCGUAACAGGUGGCGCCAUCAAGAGACCCCUGCAUGAUCUGGUGGUAGCGGACUCCCAGACCGCCGUGCUGGAAUGCGAAGUCGCCAACCCAUCUGCACAGGGCAAGUGGCUGAAGGACGGGCAGCCGGUCGACUACAGCGACAACGUGGUGAGUGAGGUGGACGGCCCCGUGAGACGUCUGGUCAUCGUCAUCACCAAAGGCACCGACAUUGGAGAGUACACCUACCAGGUCGCCACCUCCAAGACCUCCGCCACCCUGAAGGUCGAGGCUGUGAAGGUGAAGAAGACCUUGAAGAACUUGAAUGUAGUCGAAACUCAGGAAGCUGUGUUCAGCCUGGAGCUGACUCAUGAGAACGUGAGGGGAGCGCAGUGGAUUAAGAACGGGGUUGAGAUCCAGCCCAGCAAUAAAUACGAAAUCAGCAUCGAAGGCACGGUCCACACCUUGAAGAUCAAUAACUGCAACACACAGGACGAGUCUGUUUACUCCUUCAAACUGGGAAAACUGUCUGCAAACGCCAGACUGAAUGUGGAGAUCAUCAAGAUCCUGAAGAAGCCAAAGGAUGUGACGUCGCUGCUGGGUGCUACAGCUGUAUUUGAAGUUGGCCUCUCUGAGGACGACAUUCCAGUGAAAUGGAUGUUCAAAAACACUGAGCUGAGGCCCAACGAGCACUACAGGAUCCUCUCUGAGAAGAAGACCCACAAACUGAUUGUCCAAGACGUGGACAACAGCAAAGAGGGCGAGUACACCGCCAUCGUGGGCCACCUGCAGUGCAGUGCUCACCUCCUUGUCGAGUCUCUGAGAGUCACCAGACCUCUGAAGAGCGUGGAGGUUCCAGAGACUCAGGUGGCCACGCUGGAGUGUGAAGUGUCUCACUUCAACGUGCCUUCCACCUGGCUGAAGAACGGCGUGGAGAUCGAGAUGAGCGAGAAGUUCAGGAUCGUGGUUCAGGGAAAACUGCACCAGCUGAAGAUCAUGAACACCAGCAGGGACGACUCUGCAGAGUACACCUUCGUCUGCGGGAACGACCGAGUGUCUGCGACCGUGACCGUCAACCCUAUUAUGAUCACAACAAUGCUGCAGAAUGUGAACGCUCAGGAAAAAGACACCGUCACGUUUGAGGUGAACGUCAACUACGAGAGCAUCACGUACAAAUGGCUGAAGAACGGCGUGGAGAUCCGGUCCACCGACAGAUGCCAGGCUCGCUGCAAACAGCUCACUCACACUCUGAGCAUCAGGAACGUUCACUUCGGAGACAGCGCCGAGUACACCUUCACGGCGGGUUCUGCUGUUACCACAGCCAAGCUCUUUGUUGAGUCUCGUGUGGUUGAAUUCACCAAACAGCUGAAGGACCUGAAGAUCACCGAGAAGAAAAGGGCCACUUUCGAGUGUGAGAUUUCUGAACCGAACAUUCAGGUGAUGUGGAUGAAGGACGGUCAGGAGCUGGAGAUAUCCGACAGGUACAAAAUGACCUCAGAUAAAUUUGUGCACCGUCUCGUUCUGCCCUCGGUCCGCCUCUCUGAUGCUGGUGAAUACACCGCUGUGGCCGGGUCGAGCAUGUCCAAGGGCCACCUGGGAGUUGAGGGACGAGACGUGAAGAUCUCAGAACCUGCCAGUAGGGACAUCACAGUUGUUGAGAAACACAGAGCAAACUUCGAGUUUGAGGUGAACGAGGAUGAUGUUGAAGGCCGCUGGAUGAGGAACGGAGUGGAGAUCCAGCUCUCAGUGGAGGAGAGGUUCAGCUACGUCACCAUCAGGAAGCUGCACCGCCUCACCAUCUCCGAGACCUACAGGAGCGACGCCGGCGAGUACACCUUCUUAGCCGGCAAGAACAGGAGCACCAUGAACCUUCAUAUCAGACUGCCGGAGCCUCCUCAGAUUGUCCGCCACAUGCAGCCCCAGACGGCGCUGUCAGGCCGGUCGGUUCGGUUCUCUGCGCAGGUGAGCGGCAUCCCCCUGCCUCAGGUGUCCUGGUACAAAGACUCCCAGGCUCUGUCCACCAGCUACAAGUGCAAGUUCCUCCACGACGGAGAGGAACACACGCUAUUGCUGCUGGAGGUCUUCCCCGAAGACGCCGCCAUCUACAGCUGUGAGGCCAAGAACGACUACGGAGAGGCGACAAGCUCCGCCCCUCUCACAGUAGAAGUUCCUGAGGUGAUUGAAGCCGCCCGGAUCGCUCCUCCGGUCCUCAUCAGCCCCAUGCGUGACGUUCUGGUGUCAGAGGGCAACCAGGCCCAGUUCCUGUGCAGCAUCUCUGGGGAAGAUGUGCAGAUUUCUUGGUUCUGUAAUGACAGAGAGGUCAGGCAGUCAGACAUCUUCAGGAUGUCUCAUUACGGUGAAACCUGCCAGUUGGACAUUUCCAGAGUCCUCCCGAGCCACGAAGGAGAGUACUCAUGUGUUGCCACAAACUCGGCAGGAAUGGUCACAUGUGCUGCCUCUCUGAACAUCGACGAUGAGAAAGCCUUAGCUAGUAUGUCGACCACUGGGGCUGAGACUAAGCUAACUCAGAGCCUGGAGGCUCGGACGGAGAGCUUCAGCUCUCUGUCGGUGGGACAAACCUCCCACAGUGUUGAGUUUACUGAGACGGUCUCUGAGAGUUCCUCCGUGUCUUGGAGGACGUUUGAGAUUCAGAUGGAAAGCUCUGAGAGCAGCUUUGAUUUCAAACUCUCGGCCAGCCCUGAGCUGCUGAUGGAAAUGAACGACGUCCAGGUGAAAAGCGGCGAAAUGGCCGAGUUCAGCUGCUCGUUCGAUGGGCAGCCCUUCACUGCCGUGGUCUGGGAUCACAACGGCCAGAACCUGGUGGACACAGAGCGGGUGAGGAGCUCUCAGAGCGGGGCCGUGUUGUCCCUGGUCAUCCAGGGUGUCGGUGUGGCGGACCAGGGCCGGUACCGCUGCACCGCCACCAACCAACACGGCCAGAACAGCUGCUCCGCCCAGCUCACUGUUGAAGCUAAAGAAGCGAAUGUCAAAGCAGAAACCCCCAUCCCUACCGAUUCUGUGCGUAAAGUGUCUCAGGCAGACAGGGAGACCCCUAGAGAUCCCCCCGACCAAGACAAGCCGGAGGCGGUGGAGAAGCCGGGACCAUCGCCUCCAUCUUCCCAGAGAACUCAGAGCCUCAUCAGCCACCUGUACUUCCCCGACGUCCUGCCUCACGACAAGCGACUCUCCGACGGCCCAGAGUUCCUGAUCAAACUCCCCCCUGAGCUGCUGGUCCGAAGCCAAGGCAGCAGCUCCCUGUAUUGCGUUAUGAAGGGGCUCCCCGCUGCGUUUGUCAUUUGGCUUUACAACCGGUUGAAUGUUGAGGAUUCGGUGUCUUACUCUCUGAAACAUGACGGCCCCCUGUGCUGUAGAAAUGUUAAUAUGGGACCCGGACAAGGUGGCUCUUACACUUGCAAAAAUGUGAGCUCAGCCGGAGAUGCUGAGCGCAGCACAGUGACGAAAGUAACUACAGUGGAGGAGGAACCCGUGAUCGAGGUGCAGGAGGAAGUGAAAGCCUUCUCUAGCUCCACCAUCACAGUGGAAGAGGAAACCCAGGAGUCGUACUACACUGGCCUAAAGUUACCAGACAAAACCAGAACACUUGAACUCAAGCCAGAGUCCAAACGCUUCUCGAGCACUUUAGAGAGAAAAAAAGAAAAACCUGUUUUCCUCAGCGAACUUUCUCCAGCAGCCGUGACUGUGGGAGAAACUGCCACAUUUAGCGUCAGAGUGUCCGCUUUCCCGAAGCCCACGGUUCAGUGGUUCCACAACGGGAAAAGCAUCACGAGUUCGUCCAUUUAUACAUUUGUUCACGAACUAGAUGAGUAUAGUCUGGUAAUUAACAGGGUUCGUAGGGAGUGUGAGGGAGAGUACUCCUGUACAGUCACCAACAGAUUCGGCCAGUCGACCUGCACUUCCUACCUGCAUGUUCAGGUGAGGGAGCCUGAGCAGGAGGAUGCUGGGAGAACAUUAGCAGCACCAACUGGCAAGCCCCCAGAAUUCAUUAAAACUAUCGAGCGUCUUCAGCUGUCUGAGGGAGGUGACGGUUUCUUCAGGUACGUCGUGACUGGAGAUCCUCUCCCUGAGGUUCAGUGGCUCAAAGGCAGCUUCCACAUUCAGCCGAGUGGGUUCUGUAUCACUGUGAACAACCCUGACGGUUCAGGCUUCAUUAACCUUAAGAGCGUCAGACAAGAGCACAGCGACGUCUACACCUGUAAGGCCUCCAACCAGUAUGGGGAAGCCUCGUGUACCGCAGAGCUGCUGGUGUUCAGGGCAAAAGCUCAGGAAGAGCAAACGUUAGUACAGAAAGGUUUGAAGAUAUCUAUGACAGAGCAAACCACAGAGUCCAGAUCAUACCGGGAAAGAACCCGAUCUGAUCAGAUGAUUUACACCAUUAGCACUGACGACCGGCAGAUUAUUCCCAGUGAAGAGGUGGGAACCCUCAGAGAGCUGGAUAUCUCUGCUGCCACCCUUCAUCGAGAGCAACUCACCCACCAGGCUGCAGUGCUGCAGGCCCAUGAGAUCCAGGAGAGGGUUUCCCUGGCUCCCAGCCACCCUCCUCAUGUUUCUGCUGUUCCUAUCAAACAGCUUCACAUGGCCACGUUCUUAUCUUCAAUCCAGGAGAGACAGAAGAUCACCGAGCAGCACUCUGAGCGAAUCCUCAGCCCCGAAGUCGUAGAACUGGAGCUAUCCAAAGAGCAGCCGUCCAGGCUCCUGUCAGCUACCUCUGAGGAGGUCCUUCCUCUGGUCACCGUCAGAGCCGAGACUUUAACCGACCGGACGCCUGAACACAUUCAGACUCUGGCUGAGCCCAGGCAGCUCGUUAGCAGCCACCAAGUGGAAUCUGCUCUGCCCAUCCUUGAUGAAACCUCAGGUGUCAUGCACCGACCGGAGGAGGAGAAGAGCUUCAGCGUCACAGAGGGGCUUAAGAUCUUAUACUCGGCUCAGUCUGCAGGGCAGCUGCAGCUCACAGAAGGACACUCUGAGCCUCUGCAGGCUUUAGAUCAAGCCUUCUUACCCUUGAUUAAAAAAGAACAACCUAAACCUGUGACUGCACCAGUGAGUCAGACUAGAGUAACUUUAUCCAAGGAGCAGGAAUUUGAAAUACAAAGACCAGAGCAGGAGAGCAUCACCCCGUGCAAAGACGUGGUGUAUAAGUCAGCUAUGAGUAGUGAAGAGAAGUAUGAGCUCCAGGCUGAACAGGAAGGACUGGUGCCACCUUUAGCUUCUUCUAUGAAUCUGCAGCCUCAGCAUGAAGGAGAGCGACUCCUGAACCUGCAGGUUAUCAGUGGUCAGGAGGUCUUCCAGUCUGAGGGAAGGUUCAGCAGCGAGAAGCCUUCUGCAGAACAGGCUGAGAUGAGAAAGAGUCCCACUCUGCUGCAUUCAGUGACUCUAGAGGACCAGAGGACAGCAGUUUGUGAGGCAACUUCAGAGUUCACAGCAAAGACCGAUGCCACCUCUGUUCAGCCAGAGAAAGAGCUACCACAACCAAAACACCUUCAGUCCAUCCAUUCUGUGUCCAUUUUACCAAAGGAAGGUCUACUGACCAUCACUAAACCUGACCAGCAGGUGGCAGUGCAGAAACAGGAGAAGGCUAGAAGGUAUGCAGCGACCUCAGAGGAGAGGAGGGAGAUCACUGCAGAUUAUCAUAAAGGUCUGGAUGUGUCUGUGGUUGGUGUGGAGCCGCAGCUUCGAACUGAGUCCAGGCCUCCCAGCAUCCUGACCGUGUCCUCUCAGCCCAUCCAGCUGCCGAAGGAGACGCCUUUCAUGACCAACGACAAGCAGCAGCGAGCUUUAAUCCAGAGAGAGGACUACUGGAACAUCAUGCACUCUCUGAACAUCACAGACACUCAGACUCUGGAGGAGGGCCACACCACCAGCCUGGAAACUGAUGAAAAAUUCAAGUCUGAGAUUAAAACUGAGCCCAAGAUCCCCAAAAAGCCCAUUUUCAUUGAAGAGAAGGCAACUGCCACUGAAAGCUGCACAAUCUUAGAAGCUGCUGAGCAGGACUUUGCAGUCCAGAUCCAGGAGGGUCAGUCGGUCCGACAGUCGGUGCUGCUAGAAGAAAAGAGGGUGAUUAUGGGAGAGCCAUCCAGUGAAAUACUUAAAUCUGAGGGUUCGACUGUCAGUGUGAAGACACAGCCUAAAGGAGUUCUGUUUGUUCACGAGUCUCAGGACGCUCAGACUCUACCUAAAGAGCUCAACUUUGUCAUUAAUAUCCCAAAACCUACUAGUCUGAAUGUCCGGCGUCAGCUCAGAGACGUCCUCCAGUCGGCCGUGGCCAGCGAUCAGCCGGUGUUACUGGCUGACGUCGUAGGAAGGUUUGAGGCGGUGGAGGUGCAGGAGGUGAAGGUCCAGAGAGAACUCCGACGGGCCACCAAGACAUACCUGAUCACUUCACCAGGUGCCCCCCUGGAGAUCACGCUGUGUUUUGAAGGUGAAUAUCCUCAGACAGCUGAUCUCAGGUCUGAACUCCAGGUAGCUCUGCAUGCGAUGGUUUUCCAGGAGCAGCAGAGUCUCACUUCAGAGCAGCCGGGCACCAUGCAGAUCGACAAGCCUCAGAAGGUUCAGGUGAGCUCAGCGCCAUCCAAAGAGGUUCUGUCGUCUGUGGUGGACACUGUGAUGGUGGCAGAGAGUGCAGCCAGGUUUCCUCCUGCUGCAUCUCAGUCUGCAGCUGUCAAAACUGAAGCCAGGGCUUCGUUCCACAGCGCCACAGUUCAGGGUCAGACUGAGAUCCAACAGUCCAGACAGGUCAGGUCAGAGAGGGACGCCAUCACCACUGUAGCUGUAGGUCCUGUUGAACACAUAGAGGUCCACAGAGAAACCAGAGAGGAGUUUCUGUCUGAGGCGAUCAUAAUCAGCGAGUCCUGCGACAGUCUGGCUGAUUAUCCAGUUGUGGUUGAUUGUCUGGAACAUGUUUGCGCUGAGGAAAACGGCCAGGCUGUUUUUACUGCCACCAUAAAGUAUGUCACCAAAAUUCACUGGUUCUUCAACGGUCAGUUGGUGAAACCUGGCACAGAGUUCAAGUGUUCUAAAGACCACGACACAUACACACUGGUUAUCCACAAAGUUGUCAAGGAGAGGCAUCAAGGAGAAUAUGUUUGUGAGGCUGAGAAUGAAGCUGGCAAGAUCACGACAUCUUCAAGACUCUCUGUGGUCUCAAGAGUGAAACCCGUGUUCAGGCACAGAAUUGUUCCGGUGGAGAUCAACAUUGGCAGCAUGGCCAAGUUUGACUGUGAGACUGAGGAUGCUCCAAACGUGAGCUUCAAGUGGUUCAAAGAUGGACACCCCAUCAAGGAGGGUGAUAAGUACCGGAUCAUCAGCCGCUUCAGCACCUCCUCCCUGGAGGUCCUGAACCCAUCCAAGGAUGACAGCGGUGAAUACUCCUGCAAGGCGUCCAAUCAGCACGGCAGCGAUGAAUGCUCCGCCUCCCUCAGCGUCACAGAGAAAAGCCCUCCAGUCUUUAUAAGUAGACCUGAGCCUCAGACUGUGUUUGUUGGAAAGAGGGCAGUGAUGCAGUGUGUAUUAUCAGGCUCUGCUCCUCUCAGUGUUGUCUGGUUCAAAGACAACCAGGCUUUGCCCACACACUACCAGACCUCUUGUGAAAAGAAUAAGCACACUCUUGAGAUAACCAAGCUGGAGGCAGCUGACCGGGGCCUUUAUGUGUGCAAAGCUUCUAAUAAUGUUGGGACGGCCGAGUGCAGCACAGAGCUGCGAGUUAUUGAUAAGCCCAACUUUGUGGAGCCCCUGGGUGCCGUCGCUGCCGUGGUCGGAGCUCCUCUGCACCUGGAGUGUCAGGUGGAUGAGGACACUGGAGUCUCCGUCACCUGGACCAGAGACGGUAGAAAAGUCCACCAGUCUCCUGACUGUAAACUGUCUUUUGAGGAUAAGACAGUCACUCUUGAUAUCCUAAAGACCACACUGAAAGACUGUGGGAACUAUGUGUGUGUGGUGACUAAUGAGGCUGGGAGUGCGUCUUGCUCCACGUCGGUGAAGGUCCAAGAGCCGCCAGUCUUUGUAAAGAGGCUGGAGGCCACCACGGUUUGGAAGCAAGGCGGCGCUGCUCGGCUGCAGUGCAGUGUCAAAGGAUCCCCAGAUCUUCACACCACCUGGUUCUUCAACAACAGCGAGCUGUCUGCUGGUGGCAGACACGCCAUCAGUCUGAAAGAUGGCAUUGCCACUCUUGAGAUACAGGAAGUCAUGUUGAGUGAUGGUGGGAACUACACCUGUGAGGUUCUCAAUGAGUCUGGCUGUGAAAGCUGCAGCAUUAAAGUAACAGUGAAAGAACCUCCAUGUUUCAGGAAGGAGCUCGUCUCUGUAGAGGCAGUCAGAGGAUCGGUAGCUGUGUUGGAGUGUGAGAUUUCAGGCUCUGCGCCCUUUGAGGUGACUUGGAAAAAGAAUAAGAAACGGCUGUCAGCAGAUAAGAAGUUCAGAAUAGUCUCACAGGGAUGCCUGAGUUCUCUGGAGAUCCACUCCUUUGAGAGCGCUGAUGUUGGUGAAUACGAAUGUGUCGUAUCAAAUGAGAUUGGGUCAGUAACCUCAAAGUCUGAGGUUAAACAGAAAGAGCCGCCCAUAUUCUCAAAGAGAGUUGAAAGUGCUACAGCAGUGCUGGGGAACACAGUGAAGCUGCAGGGAACCCUGAAAGGCUCAGCUCCCAUAGCCAUCAAAUGGGUGAAAGACUCUGAGCUGCUGAGAGAUGAUGAUCUAAAUGUCAAGAUGAUUUUUGAGAACAAUAUCGCUAGCAUCUCCUUCUCCUCUGUUGAGAUGAAGCAUGCCGGCAAAUACACCUGCCUGGCUGAAAAUGAGGCGGGGCAGCAGAAAAAUGAAGCUAUGUUAACUAUUCAAGAACCUGCUAGGAUCUUAGAGAAAGCAGCGUCCAUCAGUGUGACUGCAGGAGAUUCGGCCACGCUGCAGUGCACGAUCUCUGGAAGCCCCGAGCUCAAAGUGAAGUGGUUUAAAGACGGCAAGGAGAUGAUCAGUGGCCGUAAAUAUAAGAUGACUCUGAAGGAGAACACGGCCAUUUUAAAGAUCCUCACUGCAGACAAAGGAGACACUUCAGAGUACAAGAUGGAGGUGUCUAAUAAAGUGGGGAAAGACCAGUGCUCCUGUUCAGUCACAGUCAUAGAUCGUGCAGUUCCACCAUCCUUCACCAAAACUCUAAAGAAGGUGGACGGCAGUGUUGGUAGUAGUGUUACCUUGGAGUGCAGAGUGGCUGGAUCUCAGCCGAUGGUUGUCACCUGGUACAAAGAUGAUAAAGAGAUCCACAGUGAUGACAGAUUAAAGGUUGAUUUCAGUGAGAGUUCAGCCUCUGUGGUGAUAGCUGGCCUGGACCAAAGCGAUGGAGGAGUUUAUACUUGUCGGGCCUCGAAUGAUGCCGGCGAAAAAGAAACCAGCGGCACUUUGUCCAUCAAAGAACCUCCAGUCUUCACGGUGAAACCUGAAUCCCAGGACGCCUCACCGGGAUCAACCGUUGUCCUAAAGGCAUCCUUUACAGGAUCAGCUCCAUUGGUUGUUAAAUGGUUCAGAGAGGAGAAAGAGAUUUUCACUGGAGGAAAGUGUUUCAUAAAGAAAGACGCCUCUUCGAGCUCUUUGGAGCUCCAGUCUGUGAAACCCAGUGAUUCAGCUAAAUACACCUGCCAGGUGUCCAACGACGCUUCCAAGGUGGACUGUACUGCUGUCCUCUUUGUGAAAGAAGCUCCAACAUUUACGAUGAAGCCUGAGCCUUCACAACUGCUCAGAACUGGACAUCCUCUGAAGCUGUCCUGCAAAGUGCAGGGUUCUCCUGUCAUUAGCGUCGCGUGGUUCAGAAACGGCUCAGAGAUCGUUUCUGACCACAGACACUCGAUGUCCUUCAACAGUUCGAUGGCAUCGCUGCAGGUAGAGAGCUGCUCUGUUCAGGACAGUGGAGAUUAUGUUUGUGUGGCGUCCAGUGAAGCCGGCAGAGACCAGUGCAGCAGCUCAGUGACCGUGAAAGAGUCUCCAGCAUUUACGAGGCCUUUUGAAUCAGCUGAGCUUGUGAAAGGAUCCGACAUUAUCUUGGAAGGAACCGUUUCAGGUUCUGCUCCAUUUGAGAUAAGCUGUUUCCUCAACGAUAAACUGAUCAGAACUGACAAAAGGCAUAAAGUCAGUGUUGAAAAUGACAUGGUCACUCUUCACAUCUUAAACUGUGAGAACGCUGACGCUGGAACAUACCAGUGCAUCGUCACCAACGAUGUCGGGGAGACAUCUUGUUCUUGCCACAUUUCUCUAAAAGAACCACCAUCAUUUGUUCAGAAACUAGAGGACAUGUCCUGCAUGGUGGGAUCUGAGGUCUCUAUGAGGUGCAUGUUGUCUGGAUCACUGCCCAUGACUUUCUCCUGGAUCAAGGAUGAUCAUGAGCUCACUGAAGAUGAGCACGUUAAGAUGUCCUCUGAAACCAAGAGUUCCGUGUUGAAUUUGAAAAAUGCUCAGUUGUCACACGGCGGGAAGUAUGUGUUUGAGGCCCAGAACAAGGCCGGCACUCACAGAUGUGCUGCUGUGCUCAUAGUUACAGAGCGCAAAGUCCCUCCAAACUUCACCAAGAGGCCCUCCGAGUCCAUGAUGGAUUCAGUGGGUAAGACGGUAAAGAUGGAGGGCCGAGUGUCAGGCUCUCAGCCUCUGACCGUCACAUGGUUCAAGGACAACAGCGAGAUCUUCGCCUCGAACAAAUAUGAGGUCAGCUUCAAGAACAACAUGGCCGUGCUGAGCGUCAGAGACUCCACCCCCUCUGACAGCGGUGUGUACACCUGCGAGGCCUCCAACGAAGCUGGCAAAGCUUCAUGCCGGGUUUCUCUCAGCGUCUCAGAGUCUGGCCAGGCUCCUAAAUUCGACAUCCCUCUGGAGCCGGUGACAGUGAGCGAAGGGGAGAAGCUGAGCCUGAAAUGCCACGUCAACGGGUCUCCUCCUCUCAACAUCCAGUGGAUGAAGGACAGGAGGGAGCUGAAGUCCAGUGGAAACACCAGGAUCACAUUUGUCGGUGGAACGGCGUCACUGGAGGUCAGCCCGGUCUCAAAGACCGACGCUGGAGAUUACCUCUGCAAGGCUAGCAACGCGACUGGCAGCGACUUCUGCAAGUCCAGGGUCACUGUUCAAGAUACAGGAGCUAAAACCGCCCCCACUGAGGCCACUGCCCCGACUGCAGCCGCUCCGGUCAAAAGGCUUGACAACCUGUUCUUCAUCGAGGAACCUAAAAAUGUUUCCGUCAUGGAGAAGGACACCGCGACCUUCAUUGCUAAGAUCGGAGGCGACCCGAUCCCGAGUGUGAAGUGGAUGAAGGGCAAGUGGAGGCAGAUCACCCCCGGUGGUCGUAUCUCCAUUGAACACAAGGGCCAGGACGCCAAGAUGGAGAUCAGAGAGGUGACCAAGUCCGACGCUGGACACUACAGGUGUGUUGCCACCAACAAACAUGGAGAGAUCGAGUGCGGUGCUGAGAUUGAGGUCACCAAGAAGGAGGAGCUGGAAGGACUUGGCGACUUAAGGACAAGGCUAAAGAAGACUCCUUCCAAGCAGAAGAGUCCCAAGAAGGACGAGGAUAUUGAUAUUGUGGAGUUGCUCAGAGGUCACGACCCCAAAGACUACGAGAGGAUCCUUCGAGAACACAACAUCCAUGACUACCGAGCCAUCUUGCAGGCCAUUGAGUUCCUGAAGAAGGAGAAGGAGAUGGAGACUGGACGACCAGAGGUGGAACGUGGAGGUCGGGUUGAAGAGGAGGACAUGGUUCGGCUCAUCCAGCAGCUGGAGGGUCGCGUCGGCACAGAGCCCGUCUCUGUGCUGGAGGACAUCACUGACCAGACGACCCCUGAGGCCGAGAGCGCCACCUUCGAGUGCCAGAUCAGGAUCAACUACCCAGAGAUCGCUCUGACGUGGUACAAGGGAACCCAGAAACUGGACAACAGCGACAAGUAUGACAUCAGCAGCAUCGGCGACCGCCAUUAUCUGAAGAUCAAGAACUGCCAGAGCAAAGAUCAGGGAAACUACCGUGUGGUGUGUGGUCCUCACAUCUCCAAUGCCAAACUGACCGUCACAGACCAAAUUCAGUUCACUAAAUCCAUCCGAAGCAUCGAGGUCAAUGAACGCCACUGCGCCACCUUCGAGUGCGAGUUGUCCUUUGACAAUGCCAUCGUCUCGUGGUACAAAGACUCAUGGGAGCUUAAAGAAAGCCCAAAAUAUAACUUCAGGACCGAAGGCCGCCGGCACUUUAUGACGAUCCGCAACGUUACUGCAGAAGACGAAGGCGUUUACUCAGUCAUCGCCCGUCUGGAGCUAAUGGGAGAAGCUCGAAGCACCGCUGAGCUUUACCUGUCAGGAAAAGAAGUUGGGUUAGGAAGGGUUCCUCAGGACGUCCCUGAUUCGUCGGUUCGUGUCCCAGAAACGGCGUCAUUGGUCAUCUGCUCAGAUUCCUCCGAGUUCUAUCACUACGAGGAGAGAACUCACGUUGAAGAAGAGAAAAAGGCGGUUGAGGAGAUUGUUGAACGGACUCAGGUGGAGGUCAGAGAGGAAAUUCCUGCAGUUCCUGAGGUUUACAGGAGACCAGAGGAGAAACCCUCUGAGGCUGCAGCUCCACCUCCAGCUAAAGUACCACAAGUAAAGAAGACGGAGGUUUCUGCUGCUGCCCGGAGAGACGAAGCUCCAGCUCCAGAAGAACCCUCAGUAUACACAGAACCGGAACCAGAGAUGAAACCGGCAGAACUUGAGCCCAAAAUGGCCAAAACUAAGCCGGAACCUGAGGCACCAAAAGUUGAAGCCGCCAAGAAAACGCCAGAAGCCCCAAAACCGAGAGUACCAGAACCACCAAAACCAGAGGAGCCAAAAGAAGCUGAGGCCAAGACAGACACUGAGCGAACUCCAUUCCAGAGAAGUGAGGUUCCACAGAGAGAUCCACCCAGCACCGCUAUAAAACAAAGGAAGAAUGAAGACGCUCCCCUCAAGAGUCCAGACACAACUCCAGACGUCAGCAAAGACCAGAAGGAAACCCCACAGAAGAAGAAGGUUGACCAAGUACCCAAAGACAAGGAACCUAGUGCUGCUGACAAGCUUCGUGGAAAACCCAGAAUCAUUUCCACACCAGAUCAGGAGGAAGAGCGGGUUGUGUUGAAGCCUUUCGACAAAGUCACCAAGCCUGAAGAAAAGCCAGUAAAACCAUCAGAGGAAUCCAAGCCUGUGGAUGCAAAGGUACCUGGUCGAACCCCAAGAGAGGAACCUGCCAAAGAGCCAAAGGAGCUGAGGAAACCUGAAAGGACUGAAACACCUAAAGACCAACAUGAGAAACCUCAGGACAAAGAGGCACCAGCUGGUCCAGCGAAGAAGCCCAGUCCUCCAGGCCAGAAAGCAGCAGAGAAACAGCUCCCACAGAAACAAACCGAGGCUGUGAAGAAAGACAUGGAGCCAAGAAAGACUCCUUCACCCAGAGCUGGUAAGGAAACAGUAGAAGAGGAAAAAACCCCUAAGCCCAUCGAGCAGCUUAAAAAGGCUGAGCUGAAAAAGACUCCAUCUCCAAAGCUGAAGGAAGUGGAGAAAAUCCCUGCCGAUAAGAAGCCCAGUGCUGAGAAGGUCAAACAGAUUCCCAAAGCUGCUUCACCAAAAGACACCGCUGAAGCUGUCACACUCAAAAAGGUCCCGAAGAAGCUAUCUCCAGAGGAACCAUCAGAACCAGACAAGCCUGGUAGAGGCCGGAUCCCCCUGACCAAGGAGGUCUCUCCUGGAGCCGUGCAGAUGAAGAGGGUGACCACCCAGCCAGAGGAGGAGGUGUUUGAAGAGGAGGCUGAGGAUGUGGAGGGUGAGGAAGAGGAGGCCUGGGGCUGGGAGCUGGUUCCUCCAGAAGACUGGGAGGGUGAAGGGGUUGACGGGGCGCUGGAGACUCCAGGGAUGCCUGGCGCCAAACGAGAUGGAAAGCCGUCAGAAGAGCCGCCAAAAGGCCGAGGCCGAGGAUUCGGGGCGAGACAAACGCCAUCUCCAGGUGACGGCGGCAGGGGGCGGGGCCUGAGGCCUGGCGGAAAGGGCCCGUCUCCACCGGAGGAGCCCUUCGGAGGAUUCAAGCUCAAAGCCGUCCCUCUGAAGUUCAUCAAGAAGCUCCAGGACAUCGUGCUGACGGAGGCCGAGUCCAUCGGCUCAUCUGCCGUGUUCGAAUGUGAGGUGUCGCCCUCCACCGCCAUCACUUCCUGGAUGAAAGAUGGCAGCAACCUGAGGGAAGGCCCCAAACACAAGUUCACCUCAGAUGGAAAAGACCGCAAGUUGAACAUUAUUGAUGUCCAGCUGUCCGACACCGGUGAAUACACCUGUGUGGCCAAGAACGCUGGAAAGGAGAUAACGUGCACGGCCAAGCUCAUCGUUGAAGAGCUGCCGGUGAAAUGGAUCAAGGAGCUGGAACCAGAGACCUCCUGUAUGAAGGGUCAGCCCAUGUACCUGACCUGUGAGCUCAACAAAGAGAGAGAUGUGGUCUGGAAGCGGAACGGCGCCGUCCUCAAGAAAAAGGCCGGAAAAGUGGCCAUUAAUGUCAUCGGCAUGCAGCAUGCUGUGACCAUCCAGAACUCCACCGACGAGGACGCCGGUGCCUACACCUGUGAGGUGGACGGACAGGAGGACGUGAAGACAACCACCAACGUUAAAGUGAUCGAAAUCAUCAAAGACUGGCUGGUGAAGCCUCUGAGGGACCAGCAUGUGAAACCAAAGGCUAAGGCCUCCUUCAAGUGUGAGCUGUUCAAAGACACUCCCAACUGGAAGUGGUUCAAAGGAGAGAAUGAGCUCACGCCCUCUGACAAGGUGGAGAUCAACAAGGACGGGAAGGACAUGACGCUCACCAUCAACAACUGCCAGCCGGACGACGUGUCCGACUACACCAUCGAGGUGGAGGACCGCAGAUACACCGCCAAGCUGACGCUGGGAGAGCGUGAGGCCGAGAUCCUGAAGCCGCUCUCCAGUGUGGAGGUGGUGGAGAAGGAGGAGGCCAGGUUUGACACUGAGAUAUCUGAAGAGGACGUAGCCGGGGAAUGGAAGCUGAGAGGACAGGUGCUGACGAGGUCUCCGAGCUGCGACAUUAAAUCUGAGGGCAGGAAGCGUUUCCUCUCGCUGAAGAACGUUCAGCUAGACCAGGCCGGAGAGGUUUCCUACCAGGCUCUGAACGCCGUCACCAGCGCCAUGCUCACCGUCAAAGAAAUCGAAAUGGGCUUUGUUGACCAUCUGAAGGACGUUUCUGUGCCUGAAAAGAAACAGGCUAAGUUUGAGUGCACCAUCACCAAGGAUGUGCCAAAGGUGAUGUGGUUCAGGGGGGCGGAGAUCGUCACCCCGAGCCCCAAAUACGAAAUAAUUGAUGACGGAAAGAAACACAUGCUGAUUGUAAACAGCUGUGAGUUUGACGAUGAGGCUCAGUACUCGAUCGAAGUGUUGGGCCAGAAAUCCUCGGCUCGGCUGCUGGUGGAAGGCAUGAGGCUCACGUUUGUGCAGCAGCUUCAGGACCGAACGGUGAAAGAAGGUAACACGGUACGAUUCGAUCUUGAGCUGAGUCACGAGAACGUACCGGUGGUUUGGUACCGGAACGAAAUGAAGCUCCACGUGAGCCGAACGGUGCUCACAUACGUGGAAGGAAAGAAACACAGUCUAGAAAUGAGGACGUUGAAGCUAGACGAUACCUGCCAGAUUAAGGCAGAGGCCAAAGGGAUUUACUCCACGGCCAAACUGACGGUCAUAGAGGGCGACGCCAUCUUCGUGGUGAAGCUUCAGGACUAUACAGCCACAGAGAAAGACGAGGUGACGCUGGACUGCGAGCUGAGCAAAGACGUUCCCGUCGUUUGGUACCACGAGGAGAAGGAGAUCACCUCCUCCAAGAUGGUGGUGAUGAGGUCAGAAGGUCUGCGGAGGUCUCUGGUCCUGAAGAAAGUGGAGCAGAGCGAUAAAGGCAAAUACGUAUGUGAUUGUGGAACAGACAAGACGUCGGCCAACAUCAACAUUGAAGCUCGUGACAUUAAGGUCGUCCGGCCGAUCUACGGUGUGGAGCUGUUCGAUGGAGAGACAGCUCGGUUUGAGGUGGAGAUCUCUGAGGACGACGUUCACGGACAGUGGAAGCUGAACGGAGAAGUUCUCAGUCCUUCAUCUGACGUGGACAUCAUCGAGGAGGGAGGAAAACACACUCUGAUCCUCUACAACUGCAGGGUGGCGAUGACUGGCGAGGUUUCGUACGCCGCCGCCAACGCCAAGUGUUCUGCCAACCUGAAGGUCAAAGAGCUUCCACUGAACUUCCUGACGCCACUGAGCGACGUCCAGGUGUACGAGAAGGACGAGGCGAGGUUCGAGGUCGAGGUGUCGAGAGCCCCGAAGACGUUCCGCUGGCUGAAAGGUUCUCAGGAGCUGCAGGGCGACGACAAGUACGAGAUGGUCCAGGAGGGAAAAGUGUACGCUCUGGUGAUCCGAUCGGUCGCCUACGACGACGAAGCGAAGUACAUGUUUGAGGCCGAGGACAAGAGGACAACGGGCAAACUGGUCAUCCAAGGUAUUCGCCUGGAGUUUGCCAAACCGAUCAAGGAUGUGACGGUAAAGGAGCGCGAGACAGCAGAGUUCAGCGUGGAACUUUCCCACGAUAACAUCCCCGUGGUCUGGUACAAGAAUGAUGUCCGGCUGCAUCCCAGUAAGGUGGUCCACAUGUCAGACCAGGGAAAGAUCCACACGUUGGCCUUCAAGGAGGUCACCAUCGACGACACCUCCAUGAUCAAAGUGGAGGCCAUGGACAAGACGGUGACGGCCAUGCUCACCGUCAUCGAGGGCGACUUGUACUUCACCACCAAGCUGCAGAACUACACGGCGGUGGAGAAGGACGAGGUGAAGCUGGUCUGUGAGCUGAGCAAAGCCGUCGCCGACGUCAAGUGGUUCAAGGACGGGAAGGAGAUCACCCCGUCCAAGAACAUCGCCAUCAGCACCGACGGCAAGAAGCGCAUCCUGAUGGUGAGGAAGGCGGAGAAGGCCAACAUUGGAGCCUACACCUGUGACUGCGGCUCGGACAAAACCACGGCCGACCUGAACAUCGAAGAACGCGACAUCAAGGUUGUGCGUCCGCUCUACAGCGUCGAGGUGACGGAGACGGAAACCGCCAAGUUUGAGACGGAGAUUUCAGAGGAGGACGUCCACGGAAACUGGAAACUGAAGGGAGAAGCUCUGCACCAGUCUGCAGAUGUGGAGAUUAAAGAAGAAGGAACCCGACACAUGCUGAUCCUCUACAACGUCAGGAUGGACAUGGCCGGAGGCGUCGACUUCUCAGCAGCCAACGCCAAAUCCAACGCUCAGCUCCGAGUCAAAGCUCGCUCCAUCGGUCUGAUGCGUCCUCUGAAGGACGUGACGGUGACGGCCGGGGAGACGGCCACCUUUGAGUGCGAGUUGUCAUAUGAAGGCAUCGCUGUUGAUUGGUUCCUGGGAGGACAGAGGAUGGAGGCCAGCGACCGGGUGAAAACUCGGGUGGCGGGUGGAGUUCACGCUCUGACCAUCAGAGACGUGAAGCUGUCGGAGGCUGGAGAGGUCAAACUGGCCGCCAAAGACUUCCAGACCCAGGCUCAGCUCAUCGUCAGAGAGCCACCGGUGGAGUUCACCAAGCCUCUGGAGGACCAGACGGUGGAGGAGGAGGCCACGGCCACGCUGGAGUGUGAAGUCUCCAGAGAGAACGCUGAGGUUCGCUGGUUCAGGGAGGGACAGGAGAUUAGAAAGACCAAGAAGUACGAUACGAUAUCUGACGGACGCAAGAGAGCGCUGGUCAUCCACGACUGCUCUCCGGAUGACGCCAAGAUGUACACAUGUGACGCCAAGGAGUUCAAGACCUCCUGUUUCCUGGAGGUUACACCUCCUCAUGUGGAGUUCACAAAGCCUCUGCAGGAUGUGGAGGUCAAAGAGAAGGAAUCUGCCAAGUUUGAAUGUGAAGUGUCUCGUGAGUCCGCAAAGGUCCGCUGGUUCAAGGACGGCAGCGAGAUCAGGAAAGGAAAGAAGUACGAGAUCAUCGCUAAGGGCGUCCAGAGGAUCCUGGUCAUCAACAAGUCAGUGUUUGACGAUGAGGCCGAGUACGAAUGUGACGCCAGAACCUCCAAGACCUCUGGCAUGCUCACCGUCAUCGAGGAGGCAGCCAAGUUCACCAAGAACCUGUCCAACGUGGAGGGGACGGAGACGGACAGCGUGAAGAUGAUCUGUGAGGUGUCCAAAGCCAGCGCCGACGUCAUCUGGUACCGAGGAGAUGAGGAGCUGCCAGAGGGCGGUCGGUACGAGCAGAUCGUGGACGGACGCAAGAGGAUCCUGAUCAUCCAGGAUCUCAGGAUGGAGGAUGCCGGAGAAUACAACUGCAGGCUGAGUCCCAGUGUCAAGACGUCUGCCACGCUCAGACUCAAUGAACUGGCGGCUGAGUUUAUCGCCCGUCCUCAGAACCAGGAAGUGGUGGAGGGCGAGAAGGCCGAGUUCGCCUGCUCCGUCUCCAAAGACACCUACGAGGUGAAAUGGUUCAGAGGUGAUAAGGAGGUGGAAGCUGGAGACAAGUACACCAUCAUCAGUGAGGGAAAGAGGAGGGCUCUUAUUGUGAAAAACUGUGACCGGAAGGAUGAGGGAGGCUACGUUGCCCACAUCGGCAGCGUUAAAGCCUCAGCUGAUCUGUAUGUGAUUGAAAAACUGAGGAUUGUUACACCGAUUAAAGACACAGAGGUGAAAGAGGGAAGUGAGAUCGUGUUCAACUGUGAGACGAACUCUGAGGGAGCCAAGGCCAAGUGGCUGAAGAACGAGGAGACCAUUUUCGAGAGUGGCAAGUACAUGAUGGCUCAGAGGGACAAUGUCUUCUCUCUGAGGAUCAAAGAUGCCCACAAGUCCGACGAGGCCACCUACACCAUCAACCUGACCAAUCAGAGAGGAGAGCAGGCCAAGAGCUCCGCCGGCGCUAAAGUCGCAGAGGAGAAGCUGAAGUUCCUGGAUCCCAUCGAGGACAUUGAGACUCAGGAGAAGAAGACCAUCGGCUUCGUCUGUAAGGUGAACCGUCCCGAGGUGACGGUGAGGUGGAUGAAGGCCGGCCAGGAGGUGACGCUCAGCAAGCGCAUCGUCUACAGAGCCGACGGCCUCAAACAUACCCUGACCAUUAAGGACUGCGUCAUGGACGACGAGGGCGAGUACACCGCCGUGGUCGGAGACGACAAGUGCGCCGCCGAGCUGAUUAUCAGCGAGGCGCCGACAGACUUCAUGGCACAACUCAAAGACCAGACCAUCACCGAGUUCGAGGAUGCAGAGUUCACCUGCAAACUGACCAAAGAGAAGGCCGUGGUGAAGUGGUACCGCAACGGACGGGAGAUCAGAGAAGGACCGAGAUAUCACAUGGAAAAAGAAGGCAAGACGUGCAGACUGGUCAUCAAGGUGUGUCGACCUGAUGAUGAAUGUGAAUACGCCUGUGGUGUGGACGAGAGGAGGACCAGAGCCCGGCUCUUUGUUGAAGAGACUCCGGUGGAGAUCGUCAGACCUCCUCAGGACAUGUUUGAACCUCCGGGUUCGGACAUCGUGUUCGAGGUGGAGCUCAACAAGGACCGAGUGGAGGUGAAGUGGAUGAGGAACAACAUGAUCAUCGUCCAGGGAGACAAAUACCAGAUGAUCAGCGAAGGGAAAGUCCACAGACUGCAGGUCUGUGAGAUCCGACCCAGAGACCAGGGAGAGUACAGGAUCGUGGCCAAAGACAAAGAUGCCCGAGCCAAGCUGGAGCUGGCAGCUCUUCCAAAGAUCAAAACCACCGACCAGAAUCUGGUGACAGACGCCGGCAAACCCUUCGUCAUGACUGUGCCCUACGAUGCUUACCCUCGUGCCGAAGCCGAGUGGUUCUUUGAGGGCACCAGUCUGCCCGUCCAGAACAUCGACACCUCCGCCGACAAGACCGAGUACCGCCUGAAGAGCCCCAGCAAGGAGGACCAGGGCCGCUACAAGGUGGUCAUCAAGAACAAGCACGGCGAGGGAGAGGCGUUCAUCCACCUGGACGUGAUCGACGUCCCUGGGCCCAUCAAGAACCUGAGAGUGGUUGAUACUGCCGACGGUGAGGUCAGUUUGGCCUGGGAGGAGCCAGAGAGUGACGGCGGCAGCAAGAUCGUUGCCUAUGUUGUAGAGAGGCGUGACGUGAAGCGUAAAACAUGGACUCUGGCGACAGAUCGAGCUGAUACUCCAGAAUACUGUGUUAGUGGUCUCCAGAAGGACUCCAUGUACCUGUUCAGAGUGUGCGCCCGAAACAGAGUGGGCAGCGGACCCACUGUCAGCACUGAGGACCCCGUUCAGGCCAAGAACAAGUUUGAUGUACCCGACGCUCCAGAAAACGUUGCCGUCGCCACCGUGAACAGGUUCGGAGCCACUGUCACCUGGGAGCCUCCCAAGUUUGAUGGCGGCUCUGAGAUCACCGCCUACGUGAUCGAGCUCCGUGACAGGACGUCUGUGAAGUGGGAGGCGGCCAUGGUCUGCGGCGCCAGCGACCGUUCAGCCUCAUUGAAUGACGUGGUCGAGAACAAAGAGUACAUCUUCAGAGUCCGGGCUGAGAACAAGGCCGGCAUCGGCAGACCCAGCGCCGCCACCAACCCGGUCAAGAUCAUGGAUCCCAUCGAGAGGCCGAGUCCACCGCUGAACUUAAACUUCAGCGAUCAGAUCAAGACGGCCGUCACGUUGACCUGGGAGACGCCCACGAGCAACGGCGGCAGCAUGAUCACCGGCUACAUCAUUGAGAAAUGCGACGACGGAUCCGAAAAGUGGCUCCGCUGCAACGCCAGACUGUGUCCUGACCUGUCCUACCGGGUGUCUGGACUGAAACCUGGCCAGAAGUAUCUUUACAGAGUUUGUGCUGAGAACGCUGCCGGCGUCUCCGAUCCAGCCGAACAGCUCGGACCGCUGCUCGCGGACGACCCUCAUGUCGGACCAACACUGGACCUGAGCGGCUUCAGGAACGGCCUGGAGGUGAUCGUUCCCCAGCCGCUCACCAUCAGAGUCCCCAUCACCGGAUACCCAACUCCUGUUGCCAAAUGGACGUUUGGGGAGAAGGAGCUGACCACCGAGGACGAACGCGUCUCCAUGAUGACCAAGUCCACCUUUACGGAGCUGACAGUGACGCCAAGCGUCCGUCCAGACAAAGGCAUCUACUCUCUGCAGCUGGAGAACGACGUCACGUCCGUGUCCGGAGAGAUCGAAGUCAACGUCAUCGCAUGCCCCAGCGCUCCUAAAGACUUCAAGGUGGCCGAAGUGACCCGACAACACGUCCACCUGAUGUGGGAGGCUCCGGAGCACGAUGGAGGAAGUCCAGUCACACACUAUCAGAUCGAGAAGAGAGAAGUGUCCCGCAAGACCUGGGCAAAGGUGGCCACAGGCGUCCUGGACUUGGAGCACACGGUGACCGACGUGAUUGAAGGAAAAGAAUAUCUGUUCAGCGUCACCGCCUGCAACAAGUGUGGACCUGGAGAGCCGGCGUACAUCGACGAACCUGUCAAUGUCUCCUCUCCUGCCACGGUACCUGAUCCUCCCGAGAACCUGAAGUGGCGUGAUAAGUGUGGAAAGAGCAUCUUCCUGUCCUGGGAGCCUCCUAAGUACGAUGGCGGUGCCCACAUUAAAGGUUAUGUGGUGGACAAAUGUCAGCGUGGCACAGACAAGUGGGAACCCUGUGGUGACCCCGUCCCUGAGCUGAAGUUCCAGGUGACCGGCCUAAUCGAGGGCCAGUGGUACGCCUACAGAGUCAGAGCUUUCAACAAGCUGGGAGACAGUAGACCCUGCAGGGCCACCGACGAGAUCCAGGCAGUGGACGCUAAAGAACCUCCAGAGAUCCAGCUGGACGUGAAGCUGCUGGCUGGUCUGACAGCCCGAGCUGGUACCAAGAUUGAGCUUCCUGCAGACGUCAAAGGAAAGCCCGACCCCCGAGUGAAGUGGACCAAAGCUGACCUGGUCCUGCGGGCCGACGACCGCAUCACCAUCGACACCCAGCCGGGACACUCCAAGCUCUCCAUCGGCAACACCACCAGAGGAGACACUGCCACAUACAUCAUCGAGGCGGUCAACACCUGUGGACGUGCCACCGCCACCAUUGACGUCAACAUCCUCGAUAAACCCGGCCCUCCAGCCGCCUUCGACAUCUCUGAGAUCACCAACGAGUCCUGCUUCCUGGCCUGGAACCCUCCCAGAGACGAUGGCGGCUCAGUCAUCACCAACUACAUCGUUGAGAGUCGUCAGAUGGACAAAGAGGAGUGGGUGAAGCUGUCGGCUACAGUGAAACACACCACCUUCAAGGCCUGCAAGCUCAUAGCUCUGAAGGAGUACGUCUUUAGGAUCAGCGCUGAGAACCAGUACGGCAUCGGUGAACCUGCAGAACAUGCUCCGAUCGUUGCAAAGUACUCCUUUGAUCCUCCUGGUCCUCCAACCAGAGUGACUCCCUCUGAUGUUGCUAAGGAUGCCGUGACUCUGACCUGGUUUGAGCCAGAUGAAGAUGGCGGUAGUCCCAUUACCGGAUACUGGAUUGAGAAGUUCGAUCCAGAAAGCGACAAGUGGAUCAGAUGCAACAAACUGCCCAUCAAGGACACAACCUUCAGGGUAAAGGGACUCCCCACCAAGAAGAAGUACCUCUUCCGUGUUUUGGCUGAAAAUCUGGCUGGACCUGGAAAACCGAGUGCAGAGACUGACCCUGUCCUCAUCAAAGAUCCCAUCGAUCCUCCAUGGGCUCCUGGUAAACCCGUCAUCAGGGACAUCGGCAAAACCACAGCCCUGCUGGCAUGGACCCGACCAGAGCAUGAUGGUGGUGCCAAGAUUGAAGGCUACAUCAUUGAGUUCCAGAAGACCGGAAGCGAGGAAUGGAUCCGCAUCGCAGAAGAUGUUCCUCAGACCGAACACCAGCUGCAAGGUCUGAUGGAGAAGCAGGAGUACUCGUUCAGGGUCAAGGCUGUGAAUAAGGCAGGCGAGAGCGAAGCCAGCGAGCCCAGUGACCCCGUCGUCUGCAAGGAGAGGCUCUACGUUCCAUCGGCCCCUCAGUGGCUGGAGGUGAGCAACAUCACAAAGAUCAAUGCCGAUCUUAAGUGGCAGGCUCCCAGCAGCGAUGGAGGCUCCCCCAUCACCAACUACGUAGUGGAGAAGAGAGAUGUGAGGCGAAAGGCCUGGCAGACUGUCGACACCACUGUCAAGGAGCUGAAGUACACGGUGACUCCUCUAAAUGAAGGAUCCCUGUACGUGUUCCGGGUCGCCGCUGAGAACGCCGUUGGAAUGGGUGAAUUCUGUGAGCUGGAGGACGCGGUGCUCGCCAAGGACACAUUCACAACUCCUGGACCUCCUUACGCCCUAACGGUGGUCGAGGUCACCAAGAGACACGUGGAGCUGAAAUGGGAACCUCCCAAGAGCCAUGGUGGAAGACCCAUAACUAAGUACGUGAUUGAGAAGAAAGAAAAGAUGGGAACUCGCUGGCUAAAGUGCUGCAAGACUCCAGACAGACAGACUCAGUUCAAGGUGACAGACGUGGACGAGGGGUCAGAGGUGCAGUUCCAGGUCAGAGCCGAGAACGAGGCCGGAGUCGGAGAUCCAAGCGAACCCACCGUGAUCCUCACUGUUGAGGAUCCAACCAGUGCUCCAUCUCCUCCUCUGGAAGUGGUCAUCCCCGACGCCAGCAGGGAGCACAUCAAUGUCACCUGGAAGCCUCCGGCCAAGGAUGGUGGCUGCCCAAUCACCGGCUACCACGUGGAGGUGGCAGAAGCCCGUCCAGAGCUGAAGUGGCUCAGGGUCAACAACAGGCCCAUCAAGGAGCUUCAGUUCAGGAUUGAUGAUGGAAUCAAACCAGAAAAGAAGUAUGUCAUCAGGGUGCGUGCCAUCAACUCUGUCGGUGUCAGCGAUCCCUCCGAGAUCUCCGACAAGGUUGCCACCAAGGAUCCCGACUGCGCUCCAACCAUGGAUCUGGAAGCUCAGGACGUGAUAGUGGUCGAGGGCGAGAAGCUGCACCUAAUCAUCCCUUAUAGAGCAAUCCCGACACCAAAGAUGGCUUGGCAAAAGGACACUGUGGAGUGUAAGGCCAGCGACCGGCUCUCCAUGACCGUGGAGAUGAACAGUGCUCAUUUGGAGCUGUUGAAGUGCACACGUGCCGAUGCCGGUGCCUACGCCAUCACUCUGGAGAACAGUCUGGGAACCGCCACCGGCACCAUCAAUGUCAAAGUCAUCGGACUUCCUGGUCAGUGUAAGGACAUCACCUCCAGUGACGUCACUAAGAACUCCUGCAAGAUCAGUUGGGAAGCCCCAGAGGAUGACGGUGGCACUCCCAUCGUCAGCUACACCUUGGAGCGUCGCGAGGCGUCCAAGAAGACCUACAUGCCUGUUAUGUCAGCAGAGAAUGUCCUGACCUGCACCGUCAAAGACCUUUAUGUCAACUGCGAGUACUACUUCAGGGUGAAGGCUAUCAACAAAGUGGGAGCAGGAGAAUACCUGGAGCUGCGCAACCCGGUCAUCACAGAGGAGAUCAAACAGAAACCAGACCCGCCCAUCCAGGUGGAGGCUUGUGACCCAACAUCCAAGUCCAUCACAGUCACCUGGAAGGCCCCAGACUACGACGGUGGCUGUCCCAUUCAAGGCUACAUCGUGGAAAAGAUCGAGAAGGAAGGCGACCGCUUCGAGAAGGUCACCCCGAGCCUGGUGCCUGGUUUCAGCUAUGUGGUGACUGGCCUGAAGGAGGACAUGGAGUACCAGUUCAGAGUCCGAGCUGAGAAUGCUGCCGGAGUCAGUGAGCCUUCACGCAGCAGUCAGCCCAUGAAGGCUGCAGACCCUGUCGAAAAACCAAAGGUCACACUGCAUCCUCGUGUGCAGUCCGGUUUGUGCAUCAAGAAAGGUGAGGAGAUCUGCAUCGACGCCUUCAUCUCCGGCUCACCGUACCCUAAAAUCACCUGGCUGAGGAAUGACGAGGAUGUCACCAAAGAGCCAACCAAGAAGCUCGUUCCUGUUGUCAAGAAGAAGACCAAGGCCAAGGUUCCAGAACCAGAGGAAGAGUUUGUAACUCCUCUACGUGAGCGUAUGGGUAUGGACCAGACCAAGAAGGGCCAGUCUGCACUGAUGGUCCGCGAUGCCGUCAGAGUCGACCACGGCAACUUUACCAUCAAGGCGGAGAACACUCACGGUGUUGCCACUGCCACCUGCUACGUCAACGUCAUGGACAAACCUGGCCCUCCGAUCAACUUCACCUUCGAUGAGAUCAGGAACACAUCGGUCAUCUGUAACUGGGAGCCUCCUGAGGACGAUGGUGGCAGCGAGAUCCUGAACUACAUCCUGGAGAAGAAGGACAACAAGAACGAUGAGAUUGGUUGGAUCACCAUCACCGCCACCCUGAAGGGCACCAGCUUCCCCGUCACCAAGCUCAUCGAGGGGAAGGAGUACAUCUUCAGAGUCACAGCCGAGAACAAGUUUGGCUGCGGACUGCCAUGCAUCUCCGAGCCGCUCGUUGCCAAGAACCAAUUCAAUCCUCCCGACGCUCCCAACACCCCCAGAGUCCAUGAGGUGACGGCGAGCACCGCCCACAUCUCCUGGCACGAGCCGAAGGACAACGGCAGCCCGAUCCUGGGCUACUGGAUCGAGAGGAAGGAGGUGAACAGCAAACACUGGACCCGAGUCAACCGGGCCCUCCUCAACUCUCUGGAGGUGAAGGUCACCGGCCUGAUGGAGGGACUCACCUACAUCUUUAGAGUGUGUGCUGAGAACUUGGCCGGCCCCGGGCCCUUCAGCGAGCCCACCGACCGCAUUGUCACCAUGGACGCCAUCCUGCCUCCUGGUCCUCCCACUCCAUGGAUCGUGGACACUGGAAAGGACUUUGUCAUUGUGGCCUGGAAGCCCCCACUGUUCAACGGUGGAGGAGACAUUCUGGGUUACCAUCUUGAGAAGGUUUUGGUUGGAGAGAAGGACUGGACUCGCAGCACAGAGUUCAGGUGUAAGGAGCUGACAUACACUGUGACCGGACUGACCGAGGGAGCAGACUAUUACAUCAGGGUCCUCGCCAUCAAUGAUGCAGGUCCUGGAGCUCCUGGAGUUACUGAACCUGUCACCGUCAAAGAGCCUCAAGAAACUCCUGCUGUGGACUUCGACAGCUCUGUGAAAAACGGCGUCUUGAUCAAGGCCGGCGAGUCUCUGAGGCUUCCCGCCGUGGUGACCGGUCGACCCCAGCCGGAGGUUAAAUGGGCCAAAGAUGAAGCCGACAUCGACAAAGAGAGGAUGAUUGUGGAGACGGAGGGCAAGAACAGCACACUGUUUAUCAAAAAGGCAGUGAGGGCGGAUCACGGAAAGUACCAGAUCACUGGCACCAACAGCAGCGGCACCAAGACUGCAGAGACCAGAGUGGACAUUAUGGAUGUCCCUGGACCGGUUGUUGACCUGAAGACAGUCUUGGUGACCAAGAAGAACAUCACCCUUACCUGGUCUGACCCUGUGGACAACGGUGGCAGCGACAUUAUCGGCUAUGAGGUGCUGAGGAAGGACGCCAAGAUGAAACUCUUCCGUCAGCCCAUCGAGACGGCAUCCUGCAAGUGUGACGUCCAAGGCCUGCUGGCUGGCGAGGAGUAUGACUUCAGGGUCAUCGCCAGGAACAAGUACGGUGAUGGCGUUCCAGCUGACCUGGGCCCCAUCUUAGCUGAGGAUCCCAAAGGUACUCCGUCUGCUCCUGAGAAGCUGCAUUACACUGACAGAAGCAAGAGCACCAUCACUCUGGCCUGGCAGCCUCCUCGCACCGACGGCGGCAGCCCCAUCAGAGGUUACUAUGUGGAGAAGAUGAGGUCUGAUGGCAGUGAGUUUGAAGUGGCCAACCGCAAGAUCUUCACUGAGUGCUGUGGAACUAUUGAGAACCUUUCAGAGAACCAGGAAUACCAAUUUCGCGUCAAAGCAGUGAAUGAGGUCGGGGAUGGAGAUCCAUCCAAACCAAUCACUGCAAAGAUCCAGGACGAUGAGAUUGCUCCAGUUAUCACGAUUCUGAAGUUCUUCAAGAGCAAUGCCAUCAUUGUGAGGAAAGGUGCUGCCAUUGACAUCCCUGCGGAGGUGAGGGCUCUUCCUCUGCCGACGCUGCAGUGGAUGAAGGACGACGUGGUGAUCGAGAAGCCUGAUGAGCAGAAGAUGACGAUGGAGACAGAGGAGGUGAACCGGACAACAAUGAAGACGAAGAUCGCCAUCCCAGAAACCAUCAGGCAGGACAAAGGCAACUACAAGCUGGUGGCUGAAAACUGCUAUGGCAAAGCUCAGCAUGUGAUCCGAGUCGAGAUCCUUGACCGUCCUCUUCCUCCGCGGAACAUCGUGGUCUCGGACAUCAAGUCGGACUCAUGCUACCUGACCUGGGACGCUCCGGAAGACAACGGAGGCAGUGAGAUCACCAACUACAUCGUAGAGCGUAGAGACGCCAGCAAGAAGAAGUCCGACUUCGAUGUUCUGACCAUCAACCUCAUCGACAGGAGAUAUGGGGUCUACAAACUGGACUUGAAUGGUUCCUACCAGUUCAGAAUCAAAGCUGAAAACAAGUAUGGUGUCAGCGACGGCUGCGACUCAGAGAAAGUCCAGCUGAGGGAUCCAUUCGGCCUCCCUGGACCUCCACGUAACCCCAAAAUCAUCGCCACCACAGCGACCACCAUGACCCUGACCUGGGACCCCCCGCUGGACAACGGCGGCUCCACCAUCCAGGGCUACUGGCUGGAGAAGAGGGAGCGCGGUGCCGUGUACUGGGGCCGCGUCAACCGAGCUCCGGUCACCAAACCAGCGGUGAAGGGCCUGCAGUACACCGUGCUGAGGCUCAUCGAAGGAACAGAGUACCAGUUCAGGAUCGCAGCCUGCAACGCCGCAGGAGUCGGAACGCCCAGCGAGGCCUCCGAGUGCCGCUUCACCAUGGACCCCUGCAGCCCUCCCAGCCCACCUGGAGCCCCCGAGGUUAAAGACAAGACCAAGAGCAGCAUCACUCUCAGCUGGAGCCCGCCGGACAGAGACGGCGGCAGUCCCAUCAAAGGUUACAUCAUUGAGGUUCACGAGGAGGGCUCUCCUGAUUGGAGGAGGGUGAAUCCUGCCGACAAGCUCCACCCAUCCACCGAAAUCACCGUCCCUGACCUGAAGGAGGGCAAGAAGUGCAAGUUCAGGAUCUAUGCUGUGAACGCCGGAGGCAACUCAGAACCCGCAAAGACGGCCGACAUUCUGGUGCAGGACAUCCUGAUUGAGCCGACUGUGACUCUGGAUGUUAGUGCUCACGACCUGCUGAACUGCAGAGCCGGAACAACCAUCAGGAUUCCUGCCACCAUCACCGGACGGCCCGUUCCCAAAGUCACGUGGACCUUCGACGGAACCGCUGAGACCGAGAAGAAGAACGAACUUCACACGCUGCCUGUUGACUCUGAGAUCCACUCCACCGACACGACUUCUGUGGUCGUGAUCCCGGAGAGCAAACUGAACCACAGCGGCCGAUACAUCAUCAACGCAGAGAGUCCCGCUGGACACAAAGUGGUCAAAGUCAGAGUCAACGUGCUCGACCUGCCUGGACCUGUCAGAGACCUGAAGGUGAGCGACGUGACGAGAGGCACCUGCAGACUCACCUGGAAGCCUCCAGAGUGCGACGGAGGAGAGAGAGUGAAGAGCUACUUCCUGGAGAAGAAGACAGUCACGGGCAAAGCCUGGACCAAAGUGAACCCGGCAUGCACUGCUCAGUCCCUGGUGGUUCCAGACCUGAUCGAUGGAGAGGAGUACCUGUUCCGCAUCCGUGCUGAGAACCGUUUCGGGUUUGGCCCGUACACCGAGACCGCCGAGGGUUCUAAAGCCAAAGAUCCCAUCCAUCCUCCUGAUCCACCAACGAGGUUGAAGAUCCAGAACGUCAGGAAGGGCACAGUGACUCUGACCUGGAAGGCUCCAAAGAACGACGGAGGUUCCCCCGUCACCCACUACAGCGUUGACUUGCUCUGCUGGGACGCCAGCGGCACCCAGAAGGAGUCAUGGAGGAGGUGUAACAGGAGAGACGUGGACACCACCACCUUCAAGGUGGAGGAUCUGACAGAGGGAGAUGAUUACGAGUUCAGAGUGGUGGCUUACAACAACGCUGGAGCCAGCCGACCUUCAACCACCGCCGGACCCAUCCUCAUCCAGGACCAGACCUGCGCUCCAUCCAUUGAGCUGAAGGAGUUCAUGGAGGCCGAGCAGGGCUCCGACAUCAGCAUCGUGGCCAAGCUCCGUGGAUGUCCCUUCCCCACGCUCACCUGGUUCAAGGCUCCGCCCCACAAGUCUGACGACAAGGUGGAGGUUCAAUACGACGAGCACAUCAACAAGAUCGUGUCUGAUGACAGCUGCACGCUGCUGAUCCAGCAGGGCAAACGUCCUGACACCGGCCUGUACACGCUGGUGGCCUCCAACAGCCUGGGCAAGGCCACCAAAGAGAUGAGGCUCAACGUGCUCGGCCGUCCUGGUCCUCCUUCUGCUCCCAUUAAGUUUGAGGAGAUCGGAGCAGAGAAGAUCACGAUCUCCUGGCUGCCGCCCAAGGAUGAUGGCGGCUCCAAAGUCACAAACUAUGUCAUCUGGAGGAGGGUGGCCAACAGGAAGACCUGGGUGCCUGUAACCAACGAGCCCAAAGAUCGCAUCUGGACUGUGGAGAACCUGAUGGAAGGACACGAGUACGUGUUCCGCAUCAUGGCGCAGAACAAGUACGGAGUCGGAGAGCCGCUGGACAGCGAACCAGAGGUCGCUCGAAACCAAUACACUGUACCUGGUCAGUGUGAGAAGCCGACAGUCACCAACAUCACCAUGGACUCCAUGACCCUGAACUGGGAGGAGCCUGAGGAUGAUGGCGGCACGCCGAUCACCGGCUACUGGCUGGAGCGCAAAGAGACAACGGGCAAACGCUGGACCCGUGUCACCCGUGACCCCAUCCGUCCCAUGGGAAUGGGCGAGACAUUCGUGGUCAGCGGGCUCAUCGAGGGCUCCCAGUACUUGUUCAGAGUCUGCGCCAUCAAUGCCGCUGGUCCUGGACUCAACAGUCCACCCACAGAUCCCAUCUUCGCCAGGGACGCCAUCUCCCCACCGUCUCCUCCUACUCCAAAGAUUUCUGAUUGGACGAAGUCCACGGUGGAUCUUGAGUGGAUCCCUCCACUGAAGGACGGAGGCUCCAAGAUCCUUGGCUACUGGGUGGAGCACAAAGAGGAGGGCACAGAAGCCUGGGUCAAGGCCAAGGACACUGAAAUUCGUGGCACUCGUUUGGUGAUUGCUGGUCUAAAGACUGGUGGUCAGUACAGGUUCAGGGUGAUUGCCUUCAACGCUGCCGGUAAUGGUGAGCCUGGCGAAGUCCCAGAGGUGCUUGAGGUCAAUGACAGAACCAUUGCACCUGAAGUUGAUCUGGAUGCCUCUGUGAAGGAGAGAAUGGUGGUCCACGCUGGCGGUGUGAUCCGCAUCAUUGCCUAUGUGUCUGGUCAACCGACCCCAGACAUCACCUGGAGCAGAGAUGGGGCAGCACUGCCUCCUGAAGCUAAAGUGGAAACGACAGCCAUCAGCUCAUCUCUGGUCAUCAAAAACUGCAUCAGGAGACACCUUGGAGUCUACACUCUGACCGCCAAGAAUGCUGGAGGGGAAAAGACAAAGAAUGUCACCGUUGAAGUUCUCGAUGUCCCUGGGCCUGUAGGCAUCCCCCUCAUGGCAGAAAACCUCACCAUCGACUCCUGCAAGCUCAACUGGUUCUUCCCUGAGAACGAUGGUGGCUCUCCCAUUAGCCACUACGUUAUUGAGAAGCGUGAAGCUGAACGCAAGGCCUGGACCUCGCUCUCCUUCACUGCCAGCAGACAGAAUGCUGUGGCUCAUGGCCUUACUCCCGGAAAGUCCUACUUCUUCAGAGUGGCUGCUGAAAACGCUAUUGGUGUUGGACCCUUCGUGGAAACUGCAGCUGAGAUCAUGAUCAAGGAACCAGUCGGUGUACCAGACCGUCCAGAGGAGCUUGAGGUCACCAAGGUCACCAAGGAUUUGAUCAGCGUCUCCUGGAAGGCGCCCAAGUUUGACGGUGGCUCUGAGAUUACAAUGUACAUCCUGGAGGCACGCAUGAUCGGCAAAGACAAGUUCACCAGGCUGACGAAGGAGAAGCUGAUGGACAGGAAGUACACCUAUGAUGGCCUUAGGGAGGGUGACACCUAUGAGUUCAGGGUCAUUGCUGUCAACGAGGUUGGACCUAGCAAACCAUCAUUCUGCACCAAGCCAAUCACCUGCAAGGAUGAACUGGAGCCACCUACCAUCGAGCUGGACUUCCGUGAUAAGAUCAUCAUUCGUGUGGGAGAGAGUUGCCUGCUGCAGGGCCGCUACACUGGCAAACCCUGCCCGUCCAUCGUUUGGUACCGAGACGAUGAGGAGCUUAAGGCCGACAAACACAUCAUGUUCAAGAACACGCUGACCACCAUGUCGCUGGGCCUGAUGAAGGCUGAGCGCAAGCACAGCGGCAGAUACGUGGUGGUUGUGGAGAACAGCACUGGAUCCAGGAAGGGUGUCUCCAAUGUCACGGUUGUAGACCGCCCGACUCCUCCUGUUGGCCCCGUAGUGUUUGAGGAGGUGCACAGGGAGUACAUGGUAAUCUCCUGGAAGCCUCCUUUGGACAGUGGGGGCGUGGACGUUUCCAACUAUAUCAUCGAGAAGAGAGAUGUUAAUAGAGACAUCUGGACCACAGUAACAUCUGCCACAACCAAGACCACCUGCAAGAUUCCCAAACUGACAGAGGGCAGGGAGUACAUCAUGAGGAUCUCUGCUGAGAACAUGUACGGCAUCAGUGACCCUCUGGAGUCUGAGGAGAUGCGAGCCAAAGAUCUCUUCAGAGUCCCUGAGGCCCCUGAGAUGCCAACAGUCAGGGAGGUGUAUGCCACCAAUGCUCUGGUGCUGUGGACUCGGCCCCGGGAUGGCGGGAAGCCCAUCACCAACUAUAUCCUGGAGAAGAGGGAGACUGGAGCCAAGAGGUGGUCCAGAGCCACCAGAGACCCACUGUACCCGGCCACUCAGUUCCGAGUCCAGGACUUGGUAGAGGGCUGCGAGUACGAGUUCAGAGUGAUGGCUGAGAAUGAACUGGGAACUGGAGAUCCCAGUGUCCCCUCCAAACCCAUCCUUGCCAAAGAUCCCAUUGUGCGUCCCAGCCCUCCAGUAACUCCUGAGGCCUAUGAUAAGACCAAGGACUCUGUCAGCCUGAAGUGGCAGAUGCCUCGCCAUGAUGGAAAGGGCAGAAUCUUUGGUUACAUAGUUGAGUACCAGAAGCCUGGAGCCGUGGAAUGGAUUCAGGCUAACGAAACCCCAGAGCAGUGCCCUGACCUCCAUUAUGUGGUGACGGGCCUGGCUGAUGGACAGGAGUACAACUUCAGGAUCUUUACCGUCAACGCUGCUGGCAGAUCUGACCCAUCCUACGUCAAACAGACCGUCAAAGUGCACGACAGACUUGAGGAGCCAGAGUUGCUGCUGGAUGCCAACAUGUCUCGUGACCACCUGGCUAUGCUGGGCACUGACAUCACACUGAGUGCCACCAUUAAGGGUGUGCCAACUCCCACUGUCAGCUGGAAGAAGAAUGAUGGAGAUGUUCCUUCCCACAUCACUGUUGCUGUUACCGCCUCUGGCAGCAAGGUCUUCAUUCCCAAGUGCGUCCGUGCAGACUCUGGCAAUUAUACCCUCACUGUGGAGAAUGCCGCUGGAAAGAAAUCAGCAACUGUUGCUGUGCUUGUGCUAAACAAGCCCUCUCCUCCCAGAGACUUGGUGAUCUCUGAGGUGACCAGCGAGUCUGCCUACCUGACCUGGAAGGUUCCAGAGGAUAACGGUGGAGCCGUCAUCUCACACUAUGUUGUGCAGAAGAAGGAUGUUGCAGCUGACCAGUGGGUGCCUGUUGCUCCAGCCAAUAAGAAGCUGAGUCUGAUGGCCAUGUACCUGAUGGAGGGAAUUCAGUACCUGUUCAGGGUGGCUGCUGAGAACCAGUUUGGCAGGAGUGAUUUUGUUGUGACCAAGACACCUGUCAAGGCUGUCGAUCCUCUCUAUCCUCCCGGCCCACCCAAGAACCUGCACCAUACUGACGCAGAAAAGACAGAGGUGUGGUUGGCGUGGGAAUGGCCUGACCGCACUGGAGGAAGUGAAAUUACUGGCUUCAUCGUGGAACACCAGGAAGAAGGACAGACUGACUGGGUUACCUUCAAGACCGUGAGCAAUAACCACAGCCACGUCACAGGCCUUGUUGAGGGCAAGACUUACCGCUUCAGGGUCAAAGCUCAGAAUGCUAUCGGUAUAAGUCGUCCUGACACCAGCGUUCCCGUCACUUGCCAGGAGAAGACAUUGCCACCCACUAUCGAAGUUGAUGUGAAGCUUAUUGAAGGUCUCGUUGUCAAAGCUGGCAGUCCAAUUGCUCUUCCAGCCAAGAUGACAGGCAUCCCCCUUCCCACUGCCAAGUGGAUGAGUGAUGGCAAGGAGCUCGCAUCGGAGGGCCGUUAUCAUAUUGAGACUGCUGGAUCCACAACCAUCCUCAGCAUCCCUGAGAGUCAAAGAGGAGACACUGGAGAGUACAUCCUCACCGUGUCCAAUCCUGCAGGCAGCAAGACCGUUGCUCUUCAUGUCACUGUGUUGGAUCUUCCAGGUCCCCCCAUUGGACCUAUCAAUAUCUUGGAGGUCACCCCUGAUCACAUGAUGAUCCAAUGGAGAGCACCCAAGGAUGAUGGUGGCACGCCCCUCACCAACUAUGUGGUGGAGAAAAAGGAUGUGAAGAAGCCGUGGGAGCCCUGGUCUGUUGUGAGCUCCAGUGGCAUCAGUACCAAGGCUAAGGUGUCCAGACUGGAGAAGGGCCGAGAAUACAUUGUCCGUGUUCGUGCAGAGAACAAGAUUGGCAUUGGUGCCGGGCUGGAGAGUCCUCCAACUAUUGCCAAACACAUGUUCAACCCUCCUGGUCCACCAGGCCCGCCUGAGUGUUCAGAUAUCACAGAAAAUGCUGUAACAGUGGAAUGGGCCUUGCCUGAGCACGAUGGAGGAAGUCCCAUUAGUGGCUAUGUGAUUGAGCGCAGAGAAAUGACCGGAAAGUGGAUAAGGGUCAACAAAACUCCUGUACUAGACCUUAGAUACAGAGUCUCUGGCUUGUUUGAAGGCAAUACCUAUGAGUUCAGAGUGUUUGCUGAAAACAUUGCUGGCAUCAGCGAGCCGUCUCUCACCUCCGACCCCAUUAAGGCCACUCGUGCCAUCACCAAACCUGGACCCCCAGGCAAUCUAAAGCUGAAGGACUGGAGUAAGUCCUAUGCUGACAUUUGCUGGACCAAGCCUACCAGAGACGGAGGCAGCCCCAUUCUAGGCUAUGUUGUGGAAGCUCAAAAGUCAGGAACUGCCCAGUGGGACAGAAUAAACAAGGACCUCAUUAAGAUGUGUGCCUACAGAGUGCCAGGUCUCAUUGAAGGACUGGAGUACAGAAUACGCGUCCGAGCCACCAACAAGGUUGGAGACAGUGAACCCAGGGAGCUGGCUGAGACGAUCCUGGCAAAGGACAUCCUGGUGCCACCUGAAGUUGUUGUGGAUGUGUCCUGCCGUGACUCUCUGACAGUCAGGGCUGGUCAGAUCAUCAGUCUGAUUACUAGAGUAAAAGGCAGACCAGAUCCAGAGAUCACAUGGUCCAAGGAUGCCAGAGCCUUGUCCCGGGACAAGCGCACCGAGAUUAACAACAACUAUCCUCUGUGUGAGCUUGUCAUCAAUGAAGCCGUCAGGUCAGACUACGGUAAAUAUGCCAUUGUUGCCAAGAAUAGCAGUGGGCAGGCACAGGCUACUAUUAUUGUCAAUGUCCUGGACACACCAGGAGCCUGCCAGAACCUUAAAGUAGCUUAUGUGACCAAAAAUUCUUGCAUGGUAUCCUGGGAGAACCCUGAGGACAACGGAGGUAGUGAGAUCACUCAGUACAUUGUGGAGUGCCGUCAGCCAAGCCAGAGAGGAUGGACGGUGGUGUCCAGUGACUGCACAAAGCGUCUGAUGAAGGCUCCUCUCACUGAGGGCUGCGAGUACUUCUUCCGUGUAAGCGCUGAAAACAAGAUUGGUGCUGGUCCACCCACUGAGACCAAGGCACCAGUGCUGGCAGUUGAUCCCAUUGAGAAGCCUGGUGAACCGACUGACUUCCAAAUCUCUGAGAUUGGCAAGACCUUCUGCUUCCUCAAGUGGAAGAAGCCAGACUAUGAUGGUGGCAGUCGUAACCUGGCUUAUCAUGUUGAAAAGAAACCAAAGGAAGCUGAGGAGUGGGAGAGGAUUCACAAGGGAGCCAUCAAGGAGACCUACUUCAUGGCUGACAGGUGCAUUGAAAACCAGAUAUAUCAGUUCAGAGUUCAGACAAAGAAUGAGGGAGGUGAGAGCAACUGGGUUACCACUGCUGAAGUCCUAGUUAAGGAACAGCUGGUGGAGCCUGAGAUCAAGAUUCAACUGGAUGGAACCCUUGUGGUGAAAGCAGGAGAUUCCAUUCCCAUUGAGGCAACCGUGAAGGGUAAACCCCAGCCUGAUGUCAAAUGGACCAAGGAUGAGGGCACAGCGGAGAUCAGGAAGGGCCCUAGGCUUCAGAUUGAAACUGGUGCAGACUUCUCUAAGCUGCUUGUUACCGGUGCCAGACGGACUGACAGCGGUAAAUAUGUUGUUACUGCCUCAAACAGUGCAGGAACCUGCUCUGCUCACGCUAAGGUCAAUGUUCUGGAUAGACCCGGCCCCAUCAGGGAUCUUAAGGUGUCUGGUAUCACCAUUGACAGAUGCAUUCUGACCUGGGAAGUCCCAGAGGACGAUGGUGGCUGUGAUAUUUACAACUACAUUAUUGAGAAGUGUGAGACCAAGAGAGGAGUCUGGUCGGUCCACUCCAAUGCUGUCAUCACCAACAAAGCUAAUGUCACCCGUCUGAUUGAGGGUAACGAAUAUAUCUUCAGAGUCCGAGCUGAGAAUAAGAUGGGUCCUGGACCUGCAGUACAAAGUGAGGCCAUUGUUGCUGGCACCCAGUUCAGCGUACCUGAUGCUCCUGAAGCACCAGAAGUUACCAAGAUCAGCAAGGAAGAGAUGACUGUUCAGUGGUCUGAGCCUGAAAAAGAUGGUGGAAAGCCCAUCACUGGAUAUCUGCUGGAAAAGAGAGAGGAACACGCUGUCAGGUGGUCCCCUGUCAACAAAGAUCCGAUCCCUUCAACUCGUUUCACAGUUACUGGACUGCUGCCCCUCCAUGACUACCAGUACAGAGUCAAGGCUGUAAAUGAAAUUGGCAUUGGCAGCCCCAGCAAGGCUUCACGUGCCAUAACUGCUAAGGAUGCUGUUGAGCCUCCUGCACCUCCCACUAACCUGAAGGUGUUAGACAGCUCCAAAUCCACCAUCACUCUGGGCUGGACCAAGCCAGUGUCUGAUGGUGGAGCUCCCCUCAUUGGCUACGUGGUGGAGAUGAGAGCACAGGGAUCCGCCAAGAAGGGAGACGAUGGCUGGAAGAGGUGUAACGUGGCAGCUCAGCUGGUUGUGUGCGAGUUUACAGUCUCAAGUCUGGAUGAGAAGCUUGUGUAUGAAUUCAGAGUGUCUGCCCAGAACCAAGUGGGUAUGAGCCUGCCUUGCGACCUGGAGGGUGCUGUGAUCCCCAGAGAGAUCCUGGAGGCGCCAGAGAUUGAUUUGGAUGCUGACUUGAAACAGGGACUGACUGUUAGAGCUGGAUGCCCCAUCAGACUCUGUGCCACCAUCAGAGGAAGACCGCCUCCCAAAGUCACUUGGAGGAGGAUGGGUAUUGAUAAUGUGGUCAGGAAGGGUAAAGUGGACAUUAUCGACACGAUGACCUUCCUGGUCAUUCCUGACAGCACCCGUGACGACUCUGGAAAAUACUGCCUGACUCUGCAGAGCCCUGCUGGAGAGAAAGCUGUGUUUGUCAAUGUUAAGGUUCUGGACACUCCUGGACCAGUGAUGAACCUGGAAGCCACAGACAUCAAACAGACAUCUGCCAUGCUGUCCUGGAGUCCCCCAGAGAACAACGGGGGCAGCGACAUCACACAUUACAUCGUCGAGAAACGUGAGAUCGACCGCAAGACAUGGGCAACUGUGAAGGCCGAAGUCGCACUGGAUAAGAUUCCCUUCAAAGUCAACAAUCUAAUGCCAGGCACUGAGUACUACUUCAGAGUCACAGCAGUCAAUGAGUAUGGCUCUGGAGUUCCCAGAGUGUCGCCUACGUCCUACCUGGCCUCGGAUCCUGUCAGCAAACCAGAUCCUUGUCAGAAGAUCGAUGUUCUGGAGAUCACUAAAAACAGUGCCAUGGUUGGCUGGGUGAAGCCCUUGCGAGAUGGCGGUGCCAAGAUAGAUGGUUAUGUGAUUGAAUACAUCGAGGUCAAACCUCCUCCGCAGCCACCAGCACCUGUGGAGGUUGCUGAAGGAGAAGAGGCUCCUCCACCACCUCCACCUCCUCCCCCCAAAGAAGACGAAGAGGAGGCAGAACCUGAGAAAGAAUUGUGGAAUGCCUACACCACAGUUAAAGGUCUGACAAUCAGUGUCAGUGGCCUGAAGGAGGGCAAGAGGUACCGGUUCAGAGUGGCUGCCAAGAACAUCAUGGGCCUGAGCUUGUUCACAGAGACCAGACAGCCAGUGGAGAUCAAGGAACAGAUGUUGGAGCCAAAGAUCGUCAUGCCAGAGACAGCGAGCGCCCGAGCCGGAGCCAAGCUCAGAGUUGAGGCACUGGUUUCAGGAAAACCUUCCCCGACCUGCAAGUGGAUACGUGGUGAGGAUGCUGUGGUUCCAUCCAGCCGUCUGGCUGUGCAUCAGUCCGGAAACAUGUGUGUCCUGAUCAUCAAAGACGUGUCGAGGACUGACACUGGAGAGUACAGCUUAGUGGCUGAGAACAGCUCUGCAAAGGUGUCCGAGGCUCUGAAGAUCAUCAUCAGAGACAUCCCUGGUCCUCCUGAGGGCCCUGUGGAGAUCAGUGACAUUGACUCUGACGCCUGCUCCCUGUCCUGGAACAAACCACUGGAGGAUGGAGGCAGCAAUAUCACCAACUACGUGGUGGAAAAGUGUGAUGUUAGUAGAGGUGACUGGGUGACUGCCGUGUCUUCUUGCUCAAAGACCAGUUGCAGGCUAGGAAAGCUUAUCCCUGGGAAGGAGUAUGUGUUCCGCAUACGUGCUGAGAACCGCUUCGGUGUGUCAGACCCCAUUCAGUCUGACCGGAUGGUCGCCAAGUUCCCCUUUGAUGUUCCCAGCGAGCCGCUCAACUGUCACAUCAACAAGACCAACAAGGACUGCAUGUUCUUGGCCUGGGAUAAACCCGAGAGCGACGGCGGCAGCCCCAUUACAGAGUACUACAUUGAGCGUAAGGAGAGGAACAGCCUGCUGUGGGUGAAGGCCAACGACACUGUUGUCCGCACCACUGAGUACCCAUGUGCUGGCCUUAUCGAGGGCCUGGAAUACACUUUCAGAGUAUCCGCCAUCAACCGUGCUGGCCAGGGCAAGCCAAGCAAGAAGACCGACUUUGUCACUGCCAGAACACCAGUCGACACUCCGGGCAAACCUGAAAUCCUGGAUGUAACCAAGAAUUCUGUCACUCUGGUUUGGACCCGUCCCAAGAACGAUGGUGGAAGCAAGAUCAUUGGCUACUAUGUUGAGGCGUUGCGAGUGCCAGGAGACACUUGGAUACGCUGUAACACCAGCAGCCAGAAUGUGCCAAGAGAGGAGUACACAGUGACUGGCUUGGAAAGAGACCUGCAGUACCAGUUCAGAGUAAUUGCCAAAACUGCUGUCAACAUGAGCAAACCCUCAGAGCCAACAGACCCAGUCCUGGUCUGUGCUGAGAACGUUCCUCCAAGGAUAGAGCUUAAUGCCAGGAUGCAGAAGGGUUUGAAGGUUAAGGCUGGAACCACAAUCCUCCUGGAGGCUGACGUUUUCGGCAAGCCCAUGCCCAGAGUGACCUGGAAGAGAGGUGAUGACAGCCUGAAGUCAGGAGAGGGCCAGGUAAUCACCCAGCAGAGGCAUCACUUCCAGCUGGAGAUGACGGCUGUGACCAAGGAGCACACAGGAACCUACACCAUCACGGCUGACAACGCCAGCGGCUCCAAGACAGCUGAGAUCCAAGUCGUCGUCCUUGAUGUGCCCGGGCCUCCUGCCAGUUCCAAAUACGUUGAAGUGUUGGCAACCAGCAUCAAGUUGUCCUGGCAGCCUCCUCUGAAGGACGGCGGUGCCGCUGUUCAUAACUAUAUAGUUGACAAGCGUGAGACCAGCAGAGCUGAGUGGGCCCAGGUCUCUGCCAAGAUCAAGGGUGACGUUCUUGAGUUGAAUGUAGGGAAGCUAAUUGAAGGUCAUGAGUACCAGUUCCGAAUCCGUGCUGAAAGCAUGUGGGGAGUUGGAGACCCCCUGAUCACCAACCCUGUCAUCGCCAAGAACCCAUUCACUGUCCCUGGCCCAUGUGAGGCCCCAGUAAUCACCAACGUAUCCAAAGACCGUAUGACGGUGAGCUGGAAGGAGCCUGCCGAUGACGGAAAGUCCACCAUCCUGGGCUACAUGCUGGAAAAGAAAGAAACCAAGGACAUGAACUGGACCAAGCUGAACAGGAAGCCGAUGACAGAAAGGAAUCUGGAAGUUACUGGCCUCACAGAGGGAGUCGAGUACGAGUUCAGAGUCAUUGCUGUCAACGUGGCCGGGCUCGGCAAACCUAGCGAGCCUUCUGCUGGUGUCACUGCAAUGAAUCCCAUCACUCCUCCUGGACCUGUUGUGAAUCCCAGUGUAACUGACACCACCCACAGCACCAUCAGUCUCACCUGGACCGUCCCCGCCAACAAUGGUGGAAGCCCCAUUAUUGGAUACCUGGUGGAGUGCAAGAGGACUGACACCACAGAUUGGAUUCGCUGCAACGUCCCCAGAAACCUGCAGGAGACUAGCUAUGUUAUCCAGAACCUCAUCGACAAGUCAGAGUACCAGUGCCGCAUCACUGCCGUCAAUAAAGUCGGCUUCGGCGAACCAGUUGAAGUACCCGGCAAACAUGUCGCCAAGGACAUCAUUGUUGCUCCUGAGGCAGAGCUGAGUGCCGAAUUGAAGGACGGUUUGGAGCUGCAAGCUGGCGUCACCAUGAAGCUGCAGGCCAAGAUCAAGGGCCGUCCCAUUCCCAGGAUCACCUGGGCAAAAAUGAACACCAACAUCAAGGACCGACAGGGCAUCGUCAUCAAAUCCAGCAGUGUCGACACCAUGGUGAUGGCAGAGAAUGUGAACCGAUAUGAUGCUGGCAAAUACAUCCUGAACCUGGACAGCACGGCUGGCAUGAAGAUGUACACCAUCAUUGUCAAAGUGUUGGACACUCCUGGACCACCAGUCAACCUGAUGGUGAAGGAAUCAACUAAGGACAGCGCCUCCAUUUAUUGGGAUACUCCUCUCAUUGAUGGUGGCUCUGAAAUCACUCACUACAUUGUGGAGAAGCGUGACACUGAGAGGAAGGCUUGGUCCAUUGUCUCCAACAGCUGCGCCAAGACAGCAUUCAAGGUUCCAGACCUCGAUGCUGGACGGUCCUACUGCUUCAGAGUGUCAGCCGUCAACAAGCUUGGCCCUGGAGAGCGUUGCGAGACAGCUGACUCAGUCAGAGCAUCAGAGGAGCCUGGGCCUGUCAUGGACUUCAAAACCCUGCUAGUUACCAGGGACUCUUGUACUCUGAGCUGGAAGAAACCCCUCACAGAUGGUGGCAGCCGCAUCGUCUGCUACGUGCUGGAGGUCCUCAACGGUGACGACAAGUACAAGGAGCUUAUGAGAUCCAAGAAUAUGCAGUACAGCGCCAAGGACCUGGUGGAGGGCAGAGAGUACAACUACAGAGUCAAAGCUGUAAACGACUCAGGAGAGAGUGCCGCGAGGGAACUGACGGUGGUUGCUAAAGACCAGAUCAUUCAUCCCAGUUGUGACUUGAGGGAGUUGCCCAACAUGUGCUACAUUGCCAAAGAAGGUACCACCGUCCGUCUGAAGAUCCCACUUAUUGGCAAACCUACGCCCAAGGUCUCAUGGAAGAAGGGAGAUGAUGAAGACCUGACAGACACCGGUCGGGUGUGUGCUGAGUCCUCUGCAGUCAACACCACCCUCCUGAUCAGGGACUGCCAGAGGACUGAUGCUUCGAAGUACACUAUCACCCUGAGGAACAGUGCUGGAACCAAGGAGUCCACCAUCUUCAUCAGGGUGGUGGGUAAACCUGGCAUCCCUGUUGGACCAGUUAAGUUCAAAGACGUUACUGCUGACGGUGCUACCUUGAAGUGGGGAGCUCCCAAGGAUGAUGGUGGCUCUGAGAUUACCAACUACAUCCUGGACAAGAGGGAUUCGAUCACCAACAUGUGGGUGACCGUGUCCUCCACUGUGGAGACCAACAGCAUGAGGGUGACUGGCCUCCAUGAGGGUACAGAGUACAUAUUCAGAGUUUGUGCUGAGAACAAGUACGGCGUUGGAGAGGGGCUGAAGUCUGAUCCCCUCGUAGCUAAACAUCCAUUCAAUGUUCCUGACGCUCCUGCUCCUCCUGAGAUCGUGAGCAUGCGCCACAACUCAGCUUACUUGGCCUGGUCUGACCCCAGGAAGACAGGAGGAUCCCCCAUCACAGGUUACCAUGUUGAGUUCAAGGAGAGGAACAGUAUGUUGUGGAAGAGGGCAAGCCCAGCUGCUCUAAGGAUGAAGGAACACAAAGUAACCGGGCUGACUGAAGGGCUGGAGUAUGAGUUCAGAGUCAUGGCAAUCAACCUGGCUGGUAUCGGCAGACCGAGCGCUCCCACCGAUCCACAGGUGGCUUUGGAUCCCAUUGAUGCACCUGGUAAACCCGAUGUUAUCAGCAUCACCAGGAGCACUGUGACCCUGCAGUGGACUGAGCCUCAGUUUGAUGGUGGCCACAGGCUGACCGGCUACAUCGUUGAAAAACGAGACCUGCCUUCUAAGAUCUGGGUGAAGGCCAACAACGUGAAUGUCGUGGAGCCUGCAUACACUGUCACAGAUUUGCAGGAGGGUUGCAAAUAUGAGUUCAGGAUCAGGGCAAAGAAUGCCGCUGGCGCUCUCAGCCCGCCCUCAGAGCAGACAGAUACUAUUAUCUGCACAGAUGAAUAUGCGGCACCGACUAUUGCUAUCGACUCCCAGGUGAUGGAGGGUCUGACCGUCCGAGCCGGCGAUACUAUUGUCAUCACUGCCACAAGCAUUUUGGGCAAACCUGCACCGACUUCCUGCUGGUCAAAGGGAGGGAAGUACUUUAAGCCCUCUGACAUUGUUCACAUUGAGACGACUGCCACGUCCUCCACUCUGUCCAUCAAAUAUGCCGGAAGGAAAGACUCUGGAGAGUACACAAUCACUGCCAGCAACCCCUUCGGUGUAAAGGAGGAAACUGUCAAGGUCAAAGUUCUGGAUGUUCCCGGUGCUCCUGGACCUAUCGAAUGCAGCGGUGUCUCCUCUGAAAAGGUGACUCUCACCUGGACAGCACCUACUGAGGACGGCGGAUCUCCCAUUAAGUAUUACACACUGGAGAAGCGGGAGACUAGCCGGCUGCUCUGGACCGUCCUGGAAGAGAAGGUCAUCAACUGUCACUAUGUGGCCACCAAGCUCAUCCAGGGCAACGAGUACUUCUUCAGAGUGUCUGCUGUUAACCAGUAUGGAGCCAGCGAGCCAUCUCACUCUGAGGCAGUCAAGAUGGUGGAUAGAUUUGGUCCUCCUGGUCCCCCAUCUAAACCAGAAGUGGACAAGGUUAAUGGACAUUCAGCAACUGUAACUUGGAGAAGACCUACUGAGGAUGGAGGCAGUGACAUCAUAGGUUACUGUGUUGAGAAGAAGGAGAAGAAGGGUAUGAGGUGGUUCCGGGCAUCCAAGAAAUCCAUUACUGAGCUCACCUACGAAGUCACAGGCCUCACUGAGGGUGUUGAGUAUGAGUUCCGUGUUCUUGCUGAGAACAAAGCUGGUUUCGGAGAGCCAAGUGAACCAUCUAUGACAGUCAGAACAAUAGUCGUUGCCUAUCCACCUGGACCGCCAGUCAACGCAAGAGUUACAGACACAACCAAAACCACAGCCACUCUGAACUGGGGAAAACCUCUUGAUAAUGGUGGACUUGAAGUCACAGGAUAUGUGAUUGAACACAAGAAAGAAGGAGCAGAAGAAUGGGUUAAGGAUACUCCAUCUCCACUGAGGAUCACAGAGUUUGUUGUUCCUGAGCUGGAAACUGGUGCAAAAUAUUACUUCAGAAUUAGUGCUGUUAAUGCAAAGGGAGCAGGUGAACCUGCUGAAACUAAGGAGCUGGUUGAGAUUGUGGAGCGUGCAGCUGAGCCUGACCUGGAGCUGGAUGUUGAGCUGAGAAGAACCCUUGUUGUUAGAGCUGGCUGCUCCAUCCGACUGUUUGUGCCAAUCAAAGGACGUCCUACACCAACAGUAACCUGGUCUAAGGAGGGAGGCCCUGUCCCACGUGCAGUCAUCGACAGUACUGAAUCCUUCACAAUGUUGAUCAUUCCUGAGAGUUCAAGGAUUGAUGCAGGCAAAUAUGAGCUUACCCUGGAAAACUCAACUGGAAAGAAGAGUGCUGAUAUACAUGUGAGAGUUCUGGAUUCACCUGGACCUCCACUUAACCUUAAACCAGUCAAGAUUGACAAGGAAAGCAUCACACUUCAAUGGGAGAUGCCUCUCAUUGAUGGUGGAGCGAAGAUUACAAACUACAUCAUUGAGAAGAGGGAAUCAACACGCAAGGCUUUUGCUACUGCUAUUACACAUUGCCCGACCACUUCAGUCAAAAUUGACGAGCUAGGUGAAGGUUGUGAGUAUUAUUUCAGAGUGUCUGCUGAGAAUGAGUACGGCAUUGGUGAGGCAUGUGAAACUUCUGAUCCAAUCCGUGCAUCCCAGGCACCAACUCCACCUGAAAGCAUUAUUCCUACUGAUAUCACCAAGAACUCUGUGAGCCUCGCUUGGACCAAACCCAAGCAUGACGGUGGAAGCAGAAUUACAGGAUACGUCCUGGAAGCCCAGAAGAAGGGAACUGAUCAGUGGGCCCAUGUAACAACAGUUAAAACCAUGGAUUUCUCAGUGAAGAAUCUCAAUGAGAAUGAAGAGUACAUUUUCCGUGUGAUGGCCGUUAACCAGUCUGGUAGAAGUGUUCCACGUGAGAGUAAAAACAUUGUUGUCAGAGACUCUACUUCACUGCCUGAGUUCGACCUGCGUGGUGUCUGUCAGAAGACUGUUAUUGCCAAGGCAGGAGAUGACAUCAAGGUUGAGAUUCCAGUUACAGGACGUCCUAGACCAACUGUCUCUUGGCAAAAGGAUGGAGCAGCUCUGAAACUCACACAGAGAACUAAUGUGGAAACUACAGCUGCUACUGUUACUCUCAGCAUCAAUGAAUGCAACAGAGCCGACAGUGGUGUGUACACCAUGACAGGAAAGAACAUCGUAGGAUCAGUCACAGACAACAUCAUUGUUAAAGUGCAUGAUGUACCGGGGCCACCUAAAGGGCCAGUUAAGAUUGUGGAGAUAUCUCGUACCUAUUGCAUUUUUGCAUGGGAAACUCCUGAGAAUGAUGGAGGUGUUCCCAUCAACAACUAUGUGGUGGAGAUGAGAGACACCACCACUCAAACAUGGACCGAGCUGUCUUCCACUAUCAUCCGCACAAUGUUCAAAGCCAUUCGGUUAACCACUGGAUCAGAGUACCAGUUCAGAAUAAAGGCUAAGAACAGAUAUGGUGUUGGACCUCCCAUCACCUCAGAGGCAGUGGUGGCUGCCUAUCCAUUCAAAGCACCUGGACCUCCUGGUACUCCUGGUGUUGUUGCAUUUACCAAGGACUCAAUAACGAUUGGCUGGAACGAGCCUGUGUCUGACGGUGGAAAUGAAGUCAUCGGUUAUCAUGUUGAGAGGAAGGAAAGAAGCAGUAUCAUGUGGCAUAAGAUCAGCAAGGGUAUUGUGAAAGGAAACCUCUUUAAAUCCACUGGGCUUGAAGAUGGCAUUGCUUAUGAGUUCCGUGUCAUGGCUGAAAACAUGGCUGGAAUUGGUAAAUCCAGCAAAGCCUCCGAACCAAUUCUGGCCUUGGAUCCUGUUGACCCACCAGGUCAGCCUGAGCCAAUAUUUGUCAACAAGAAUGUCAUUACUAUUCAAUGGACAAAGCCUGAGUAUGAUGGUGGCUUUAAAAUCACCGGCUACACAGUGGAGAAGAGAGAACUGCCUACCGGUCGCUGGAUCAGAGCCAAUUUCACCAACAUCAUUGAGACAGCGUUUACUGUCAGUGGGCUGACUCAGGAUGCCUCCUAUGAAUUCCGUGUUAUAGCCAGAAACUCAGCCGGCGCAGUGAGUGUGCCCUCUGAGCCGUCAGACCCAAUUACCUGCAAAGACGACAUUAUCGAACCACGCAUUAUGGUUGAUGCCAUCUUUAAGGAUGUUGUUCUGCUAAAGGCAGGCGAGUCCUUCCGGCUUGAUGCUGAUAUUGCUGGUCAACCAAUCCCAUCUAUGGUUUGGACCAAGAAUGGAAAGGAGGUGGAAAACACAAUGAAACUGGAUGUUAGGUUCACUGAAUUGACAACCACCCUGACCAACAAGGAUUCCAUCAGAUCAGAUGGAGGAGAGUUUGUUCUGACUGCCACAAAUGUUGGUGGAUUUGCGAAGCACAUCUUUAAUGUUAAAGUCCUUGACAGGCCUGGGCCACCAGUUGGACCUCUUCAGGUGUCUAAUGUCACAGCUGACAACUGUGUUCUUACCUGGGCUCCACCUGCAGAUGACGGCGGUGCCAAGAUUGAAGGAUACGUGAUCGAGAAGCGUGAAUCAAGUAGACUGGUUUGGACCAAUGUGGCUUCAGACUUGCAAGUUACACAACACAAGGUGACCAAGCUGCUUAAAGGGAACGAAUACAUCUUCAGAGUUAUAGCACUGAACAAGUAUGGACUUGGUGAGGCCCUUGAAUCAGAACCUACUAUUGCAGACAAUCCAUAUGGGAUUCCAGAUCCUCCAGAGAAUCCUGAGGUGACAGCCAUCACUAAAGAUUCAAUGGUUCUUAUGUGGCAAGAACCGAAGAGUGAUGGUGGAACUCCCAUCACCAAUUACAAUAUUGAAAGAAAAGACAGAAUAGGCCUGCGCUGGGUCAAAUGCAACAAGAGAAAGGUCAAAGAUCUACAAUUCAAGGCAACAGGCCUUGUUGUUGGACAUGAAUAUAAAUUCAGAAUAAUUGCUGAGAAUGCUGCUGGAGUUAGUGCACCAAGUGCAUCUAGUCCAUUCUACAAGGCCACUGAUGGACUCUACCAGCCUGGUGCUCCAUGCAACCCCAGAAUCUUGGACACAACCAAGUCCUCAAUUACUGUUGCCUGGAACAAACCAGUGUAUGAUGGUGGUUCUGAAAUCACCGGCUACAUUGUGGAGACAUGCAUUCCAUCUGGAAAGGAGGACGAUGAGGAAUGGACCAUUGUUACACCCAAAGAACGUCUCCUUGCAACCUCCUUCACCAUUGUUAAUCUGAAAGAGAACCAGGAGUACAAGAUCAACAUUUCUGCUGUCAACAGUGAAGGAAUUGGAGAGGCAGCAUCUGUACCUGGCAAUCCCAAGGCAGAGGACAGGCUCCUCCCACCUGAGAUCGAUUUGGAUGCAGAGCUCCGUAAAGUGGUCAGUCUUAGAGCUUGCUGCUCACUUAGACUGUUUGUUCCUAUCAGAGGCAGACCAGCUCCUCAGACUAAAUGGACAAAAGGAGAUGGGGAACCUGUUGAGAGGGCAACUAUUGACAGCACAACAUCAUACACCUCACUUGUAAUUGAAAAUGUCAACAGAUUUGACAGUGGGAAGUAUAAUCUUACUGUUGAAAAUAGUUCUGGCUCCAAGACAGCUACAGUUCAAGUCAGGGUGCUUGAUACACCAAGUGCUCCACAGAAUUUGAAGAUAACUGCUGUAACUAAUGAAGCUGUCACUCUGACUUGGGAUCCACCAGUGAAUGAUGGAGGAGUCAAGGUUAAGAACUACAUUGUUGAAAAACGUGAGUCUACAAGAAAAGCGUAUGCCACAGUCAGUGCUAACUGUCAUCAUACCACCUUCACGGUUGACCAGCUCCUGGAAGGAUGCAACUAUUACUUCAGAGUUUUAGCUGAGAAUGAAUAUGGCAUUGGCUUGCCCAUUGAGACUGGGGAGUCAGUUAAAGUGUCAGAGAAACCACAGCCACCUGGCAAAAUUACUCUCAAGGAUGUCACCAAAAACAGUGUCACCCUCUCGUGGGAGAAGCCAGAGCAUGACGGUGGCAGCAGAGUUGGCUGUUAUGUUGUUGAGAUCCAGCCUAAGGGUGCUGAUAAGUGGUCCCAGGCUGUGAUUGUAAAAGAAACAGAAGCGACUAUUAGUGGACUAAAUGCAGGUGAAGAAUACAUGUUCCGUGUAGCAGCAAGAAAUGAGAAAGGAACAAGUGACCCACGUCAGAUUGGUGUUCCUGUGAUCGUAAAAGAUCUUGUGAUUGCACCCGUUACGAAAAUGUUGUUCAACACAUUCAGUGUGUUAGCAGGAGAAGACCUGACAGUGGAGGUUCCAUAUGUUGCACGUCCCAAAGCAGCUGUAUCCUGGGUAAAGGAUGGUCAGCCUCUGAAGAGAACUACAAGAGUAAACUUUGGAGCAACAGACACAAUGCUGAACCUCACCGUCAAAGAGGCUAGUAGAGAUGAUGUUGGACACUACCGUAUUACUCUCACUAACACAGCAGGAGAAACAACUGCAGAUAUUGGCAUUGUUGUUCUAGACAAACCAGGCCAGCCAGGCGGUCCAGUUAAGGUGGAGGAGGUCACUUCUGACAGUGUAACCAUUUCCUGGAAUUCACCAGAGUAUGAUGGUGGUUGUACCAUCAAACACUACAUUGUGGAAAAGAGAGACACAUCUACAACUAACUGGAUGACUGUAUCUCCCAACCUAGCAAGGACCAAAAUUAAGGCAGGCAGGCUGAAGACUGGCUCUGAGUAUCAGUUUAGAAUCACAGCUGAAAACAGAUAUGGAAAAGGUCCAGUUCUCCAAUCAGAGUGUAUUGUGGCUCAAUAUCCGUAUAAACUCCCAGGACCCCCAGGAACACCAUCCAUUGCAGCCUGCACUAAAGACAGCAUGGUGGUGGCCUGGAAUGAGCCUGUGAAUGAUGGUGGAAGCACUAUCUUGGGCUACCAUCUUGAACGUAAAGAGAGAAAUAGUAUUCUGUGGGUGAAACUCAACAAGUCUCUUAUUACUGACCAGACCUUCAAGACUGCUGGUCUGGAGCCAGGAAUGGAGUAUGAAUACAGAGUUUAUGCUGAAAAUAUUGUUGGAAUAGGUAAAGUGAGCAAAGUAUCUGAAGGACAGGUGGCUAGAGAUCCUUGCGAUCCUCCCGGCACUCCUGAGGCAACAAAGAUUACUAAGGACUCUGUGACCAUUGUUUGGACCAAGCCCGAGUAUGAUGGUGGUGCAAAGGUCACAGGCUACAUUGUGGAAAAGAAGGAGCUUCCUGAGGGUCGUUGGCUGAAGGCUAACUUCACUAAUGUCAUUGAGACAGAAUAUGUAGCCACUGGACUUGUGCAGGAUAAUCAAUAUGAGUUCCGUGUUAUUGCCAGAAAUGCCGCUGGUGUUUUCAGUUUGGCCUCUUUCAGCACUGGCCCUAUCACUGCUAGGGAUGAGAUUGAACCACCACGCUUCAGCAUUGACCCAGAGUACACACAGACUGUUGUGGUUAAUGCUGGAGAUAACUUCAAAAUUGAUGCAGAUGUUAAUGGAAAACCACUACCCUCUAUCCACUGGAUGAAGGGAGAGUUGGAACUGGGAAAUACUAUUCAUAGAGAAAUUAAAAACACACCCACCAAAGCUUUUAUAUCUGUCAAAGAAGCAAAACUUUCUGAUGGAGGCGAAUACACUCUGCUGCUGAAAAAUCCUGGUGGAGAAAAGGCUGUAAAGGUCAAUGUGGUUGUUUUAGAUAAGCCUGGGGAACCACAAGGACCUCUUGUUGUUACAGGAAUAACCAAAGACCGAUGCUGCCUUGCAUGGAAGCCACCACUGCAAGAUGGUGGCAGCAAGAUCUCUCACUACGUUGUGGAGAGAAGAGAGACAAGCAGACUUGUCUGGACUGUUGUGGACCCAAAAGUGGAAAAUAUUUGUCUAAAAGUCACUAAGCUCCUUGAAGGAAAUGAGUACAUCUUCAGAGUUCAUGCUGUCAACCAGUUUGGAAUAGGCGCACCACUUGAGUCUGCUGCUGUCAUAAUCAAGGAUCCGUACCUGCCACCUGGAUCACCGAAGAGCUUAGAAAUUUCAGAUAUUAAAAAGGAUUCAAUGUUGCUCACCUGGGAGGCUCCUUCUGAAGAUGGGGGCAGUCCGAUCACUGGAUACGUAAUUGAGAAGCAUGACAAAGAAGGUGUGAGGUGGACGAGAUGCAACAGGAAAACUGUCACUGAUUUGACUUUUAAGGUCACUGGACUCCUUGAAAGUCAUAGUUAUGAAUUCAGAGUUGCAGCUGAGAAUGCUGUUGGUGUAGGUGACCCAAGCUCCCCAACUGUAUUCUACAAAGCUCUUGAUCCCAUCUUUGUGCCCGGCCCACCACACAAUCCAAGAGUCACUGACACAACGAAAACAUCAGUGUUCCUGUCAUGGGGAAAGCCGGCGUGUGACGGAGGCUGUGAGAUUCAGGGAUACAUUGUUGAGUGCUGCACUACCACAGAGGCAGCAGAACCAACAGAAGCACCAGCUGUGGAAUGGACAAUGUGCACACCACCAACAGGUGUCAAGAAGACAAAGUUUGAGGCUACAAAUCUGAAGGAAAACCAGGCAUACAAGUUUAGAGUAUGUGCUAUAAACAAAGUGGGCGUUGGUGAACAUGCUGAUGUCUCUGGAGCUGUUGUUGCCCAGGACAGGGCAGAGGAGCCAGACCUUGACAUUGACCCAGAGCUGAGAAAGAUAGUGACCAUUAAAGCCGGCACCUCCCUUAGACUGUUUAUCCCCAUCAAAGGAAGGCCCACUCCUACCAUCAAGUGGGACAAAGAUGAAGCUGCGCUUAAGGAGACUGCUCAGGUUGAGAUUACCAGCAGUUAUACAUCCCUUGUAAUUGAUAAGAUGAGCAGAAAUGACAGUGGAAAGUACACAGUCACUGCUGAGAAUUCCAGCGGAACAAAAUCUGCUUUUGUCGUUGUCCGUGUUCUCGACACACCCAGCGCUCCUGUUAAUCUUAAAGUGAAAGAAAUUACGAACCAAUCAGUGACACUGGUAUGGGAACCACCUCUGCUGGAUGGUGGAUCCAAGAUCAAGAACUACAUUAUUGAAAAGAGGGAAAGUACACGCAAAACAUAUGCAGCUGUUGUAACAAAUUGUCAUGCUCUUUCAUGGAAGAUAGAACCACUCCAGGAGGGCUGCAGCUACUAUUUCCGAGUCCUCGCUGAGAAUGCCCAUGGUGUUGGCCUGCCUGUGGGAACUGCCGAUGCUCUUAAAGUCUCAGAGGUGCCCCAGACUCCAAAAAAUCUGAGUGUUACAGAUCAGACCAAAACAAGCAUCUCUUUGGCCUGGGAGAAGCCCGAGUACGAUGGUGGUAGCAGAGUCAUGCAGUAUUUACUGGAGGUGCAGCUGAAGGGCCAGGAGAAGUGGUCUGGUGUCAACACAUUUAAGACAAUGGAGGCCACUGUUUCCAAUCUGAACCCAGGAGAGGAGUAUUUGUUCAGAGUAACAGCAAUCAAUGAUAAGGGAAAGAGUGACCCCAAAGUCCUGGCAGGUCCAGUCAUGACCAAAGACUUAGUCUUUGAGCCAGAUGCCCGUCCAGCAUUCAGCAGCUACAGUGUGCAUGUGGGCAAAGACAUGAACAUUGACAUUCCCAUCUUUGGACGUCCUAAACCUGCAGUUACAUGGACUAAAGAUGGAGCUCCUCUGAAGUUCACUACCAGAGUCAACAUUCUCAAUACACCAGCACAUACAACACUGAGCAUUAAGGAGGCAGCAGGUGAUGAUGGUGGCAUGUAUGGCAUCAACGUUACUAACUCAGCUGGAAAGAAAGACACAACAGUUGAAAUCAUUGUACUGGACAAACCUGGCCCUCCAUCUGGCCCCGUGAAGUUUGAUGAAAUCACAACACAGAGUGUCACUAUUUCAUGGGACCCACCAAAACACAAUGGUGGAUGCCAAAUUUCAAAUUACAUUGUGCAGAAGAGAGAUACUACUACAACAACAUGGGAAAAUGUGAGCAUCAACUGCGCUAGAAACAGCAUCAAAGUGAGUAGACUGAAGACCGGAGCCGAGUACCAGUUCAGGAUCAUUGCCCAGAACCGCUAUGGCAAGAGUCAUGGUCUGGAUUCAUCUGCUGUUGUAGCUCAGUACCCAUAUAGAGAGCCAGGUCCACCAGGCACUCCUUUCAUUUCGUCUCUAUCAAGGGACCACCAGAUUGUUGAGUGGCAUGAGCCCGUGUCAGAUGGAGGCAGCCCUGUUCUUGGCUACCAUCUUGAAAGGAAGGAGAGAAAUAGUAUUCUCUGGGUCAAGAUCAACAAGACACUUAUCCAUGAUACCAGUUUUAAGAGUCACCCACUGGAGGAGGGUGUUGAGUAUGAAUACAAGGUUUAUGCUGAAAAUAUUGUUGGUAUUGGCAGAAGCAGUAAGGUCUCAGAGGGCUGUUUUGCUCGCGACCCAUGUGAUCCUCCUGGCACACCAGAAGCCAUCCAUGUGACCAAAGAUACUAUUGUCAUUCAAUGGACUAAACCAGAGUAUGAUGGUGGCAGCAACAUCACUGGCUAUACUGUGGAGAAGCGUGAUCUGCCGGAGGGCAGGUGGGUAAGGGCAAACUUCACUAAUGUGAUUGAGACACAGUUUACUGUCACUGGUCUGACUGAAAAUGCACAGUAUGACUUUAGAGUCAUUGCUAAGAAUGCUGUCGGCACCGUCAGCAAGCCGUCAUACAACAGUGGACCAAUCACUGCAAGUGACAAGCUGGAGGCCCCCAAAUUCUCCAUUGACCCUGCAUUUACUAAAACCAUUAUCAUUAAUGCUGGAGAGACAUUCAAGCUUGAUGCUGACACACGUGGCAAGCCACUGCCUACAAUCCGGUGGUUCAAGGAUGAAAAACCCAUCGAAAAUACACUAAGACUGGAGAUCAGAAACACAGAAAACCAUGCCAUGAUUGUCAUUAAGGACGCUGUUAGAGUUGAUGGUGGAGUUUACAUGCUGCAGCUGACGAACGAGGCUGGCAGUGAAACUGUUCCAUUCAAGGUUGUGGUCCUGGAUAAACCCAGCCAAUGUGAAGGUCCCCUUCACAUCACUGGAGUCUCUGAAGAUAGAUGCACACUGGUAUGGCGUGCCCCUCUCCACGAUGGAGGUAGUCCUAUUUCACAUUACCUCAUUGAGAGAAGAGAGACCAGCCGUCUAGCCUGGACUGUAGUUUCCAGCUCGUGUAACACCACAAGCUACAAAGUCACCAAACUACUGGAAGGAAAUGAAUACAUGUUCCGUGUCAUGGCCGUCAAUGGUUACGGUGUCAGUGAGCCACUAGAGUCUGGUGGAGUGAUCAUGAAGACUCCAUUUGUUCCUCCUGGUUCACCUCACAUUGAGGAUGUAUCCAACAUUGCCCAUGAUGGUAUGACCAUCACUUGGUCUGCCCCUGAGACUAAUGGCGGCAGUGAGAUUAUCAGUUACAUCAUUGAGAAGAAGGACAGAACUGGAAUCAAAUGGACCAGAUGCAACAGGCAGAAGGUCACAGAUCUGUCAUUCAGAGUUACAGGCCUCACCACAGGUCAUGAGUAUGAGUUCAGAGUGGCUGCUGAGAACAUAGUUGGAGCAGGAGAACCAAGUCUUCCAAGUUCUUACUACAAGGCCUGUGAUCCAAAGUACAAACCCGGUGCUCCAGCAUAUGUGAACGUGAUUGACUCCACAAAGACUUCGAUUACAGUCUCAUGGGGUAAGCCUCUAUCUGAUGGUGGCAGUACCAUUCAAGGAUACAUUGUUGAAGUCUGCAAGGCUGAAGAGGAGCAAUGGACCAUGGUCACUCCUCCCACUGGCCUGCGUGUCAACAAAUAUGAAAUCACCAAACUUACUGAGGGCCAGGAGUACAAGAUCCAGGUUUGUGCUCUGAACAAACUGGGAGUUGGCGAGCCGGCAUCUCUUUCUGGAACAGCUAAGCCAGAGGAAAGGGUAGAACCACCGGAGAUCCAUCUUGACUCUGAGCUGAGGAAGGGCAUCGUAGUGAAAGCAGGUGGAUCUGUUAGAAUCCAUGUUCCAUUCAAGGGCAGGCCAACACCUGAGAUUAAGUGGACCAAGGAUGAAGGUGACCUGAAUGAAAAAGCAGUGGUUGAGAAAGCUCUCAACUUCACACAGCUGUCUCUUGACUCAUGCGACAGGAGUGAUUCUGGAAAAUAUGCCCUUAGCCUGACCAACAGCAGUGGCACUGUGUCUGAAGUUGUUUCAGUUAAGGUCCUCGAUACACCUGGGGCUCCUCAAAGCCUUGUAGUUAAAGAUGUCAAAAGGGAGUCUGUCACUCUUGUAUGGGAUGCUCCACUGAUUGAUGGAGGUUCCAAAAUCAAGAACUAUGUCAUUGACAAACGGGAAUCUACCAGAAAAGCAUAUGCAAAUGUGUCUACAAAAUGCACCAAGACCACAUUCAAAGUUGAAAAUUUGAUUGAAGGUGCUAUGUACUACUUCAGAGUCAUGGCUGAGAAUGAAUUUGGAAUUGGCCAAGCUGUUGAAACAAAGACUGCCUCCAAGGCCUCUGAGGUGCCUCUGCCUGUUGGAAAGGUUUUCCUAACUGAUGUCACUAAGGCCACUGUUUCACUGGCCUGGGAGAAACCUCAGCAUGAUGGCGGCAGUAGAAUUGGUGGAUAUCUAAUUGAGAUGCUUCCUAAGGGUACAGAUAAGUGGGGAGUUGCCACAAAUACAAAAACAUGUGACGGAACUGUCAAAGGCCUCACAGCUGGAGCAGAAUAUCUUUUCCGUGUCAUUGCUUUCAAUGAAAAGGGAAAGAGUGAGCCAAAGGCAUUGGCUGCACCAGUUAUUGCAAGUGACAUGACCAUGGAGCCAAGCAUUAAGAUGCAAUUCAACACUUACAGUGUACUUGCUGGAAAAGAUCUGAAGUUAGAGUUUCCUGUGCUUGGCAGGCCGAAACCUAAAGUCACCUGGUCCAAGGAUGGUCAGGCUUUGAAGGUGACAUCCAGAGUCAAUGUAUUAAACACUCCAGAAACGGCUGUAAUUCAAAUUACUGAAGCAUGUAAGGAAGACUUUGGUAAAUACUCAAUAACAGCUACCAAUAAUGCUGGCACAGUCACUGAGGAUGUGGCUGUCAUUAUUCUUGACAAACCUGGUCCGCCAACGGGUCCAGUCAAGGUUGUUGAAGUGAGCAACACUUUUGUCCAUCUGUCAUGGGAACCUCCAGAGUACACUGGUGGAUGUCAGGUAAAGAACUAUAUAGUGGAAAAGAGAGACACCACCACUACAACAUGGCAGCCGGUCACCACACAGCUAGCCAGAACAGCUUUCAAGGUCACCAAGCUGAAGACUGGUGCAGAGUAUCAGUUCAGAAUCAUUGCUGAAAACAGAUAUGGAAAGGGCGUGUCUCUGGACUCCAAGGCCAUUGUGGUGCAAUAUCCAUACAAACCACCAGGACCUCCAGGAACGCCAUAUAUCAAAUCUGCGACCAAGGAAAUGAUGAUCAUUGAAUGGAAUGAGCCAGUCAAUGAUGGAGGAAGUGCAGUUAUCGGUUACCAUCUGGAAAGCAAGGAGAGAAGCAGCAUUCUGUGGAACAAACUGAACAAGACUCUCAUCGCUGAUACCCAGUUCAAGAUAUGUAAUCUUGAGGAGGGUAUUGGAUAUGAAUUUAGAGUUUAUGCAGAAAAUAUUGUUGGCAUUGGCAGAUGCAGUAAAGUGUCUGAUUCCUUUGUUGCUCGCGACCCAUGUGAUCCUCCUGGUGCUCCAGAAGCUAUAUCUAUUUCCAAGAACCUUAUCAAGAUUCAGUGGACAAAGCCUCAGUAUGAUGGUGGCAGCAAAGUAAAUGGAUAUAUUGUGGAAAGGAAAGAUCUAUCCUCCCCCGAUCGGCGCUGGGUAAGGGCUAACUUUACCAACAUAAUUGAGACAGAGUAUACAGUCACUGGUUUGACAGAGAAUGAGCAAUAUGAAUUCAGAGUUAUUGCAAGAAAUGCAGCUGGAGUCUUCAGUGAGCCAUCUGACAGCUCUGGACCAAUUACUGCUACUGAUGAAAUUGAACCACCAAGGGCCUCAAUGGAUCCAAAAUACAAGGAUGUUAUCGUUGUCAAUGCUGGAGAACAUUUGCUUCUUGAUGCAGACAUCUAUGGAAAACCAAUUCCUGAUGUUGCCUGGCUAAAGGAGGGCAAGGAAAUGGACAAAGCCUUGCGCAUUGAAGUAAAAACUACACAGAAACGUGCAGCCAUGACCAUUAAAGAUGUGACUAAGCUUGAUGGUGGCCACUAUGACCUUGUCCUCAAAAAUCUGGGUGGUACAAAAGUUUUCCCUAUCACUGUAAAAGUCCUUGAUAAACCAGGUCCACCCACCGGACCCAUGAAAGUGACAGGAGUCAUGUCUGACAGGUGUAUCCUUGCCUGGUCUGAGCCAGCUCUGGAUGGUGGGGCCAGCAUCAGUCAUUAUGUCCUGGAGAAGAGAGAAACUAGCAGGUUGUCCUGGACAGUGGUUGCACCGAACAUCAAGGGUCUGUACCACAAAGUAACAAGUUUGCUUGCUGGUAAUGAAUACAUCUUUAGAGUCAGGGCAAUCAAUAAAUAUGGCGUUGGUGAUUAUCUUGAAAGUGAACCCAUCACUGCACGCAAUCCUUACAAACCACCUACUGCUCCUGGAACUCCAGAGGCAAGUCAGAUAACAAAGGAAUCUAUGGUUCUGUCAUGGACCGCUCCAGAACAGACUGGUGGAGCCGACAUUGAAAGCUACCAUCUGGAGAAACGUGACAAAGACAGUGUAAGGUGGACAAAGUGCAACAGACAGAAACUGACUGACACCCACUUCAAGGUCACAGGUCUGAUGACAGAUCACUUCUAUGAGUUCCAUGUUGCUGCUGAGAAUGAGGCUGGAAUGGGAGAUCUCAGUGAACUGUCCCUAUUCUACAGAGCAUGUAAUGCUACAACACCACCCAGACCUCCACACCAUCCGAAGGUGACAGACUAUUCAAAGUCUUCUGUGUCUCUGUCCUGGGGCAAACCUGACUUUGAUGGUGGGGCCUACAUCAAGGGCUACAUUGUUGAAAUGAGGGAAUAUACACCGCUGCCAGAGUCAGCAGAGGAGGCAGAAGUAGCACCAGCAGUAGAACCACCAGUUGAAAAGGAAUGGAACAUGUGCACUCCACCUACUGGCAUUCAAGCCACUAAACUCACCAUCACAGACCUGAAGGAGGGUGGAGAGUACCAGUUCCGUGUCUGCGCUAUCAACUCAGAGGGAGUGGGAGAGGCUGCUAAUGUCCACGGCACAGUGGUUACAUCUGACAGGGCAGAAGCACCAGAGAUCGAGCUUGAUGCUGAUCUCAGAAAGGUGGUAUCAGUCCGUGCUGGUGGAACUCUGCGUCUGUUUGUCACCAUCAGAGGAAGGCCUGAGCCUGCUGUGAAAUGGGAGAAGGUUGAAGACACUCUCACAGAGCGUGCUGCAAUCGACACCACCAGUUCAUACACCAUGCUUGUCAUUGACAAUGUUAACCGCUUUGACAGUGGCAAAUACUCAUUGACACUGGAGAACAGCAGUGGCACAAAGUCUGCAGUUGUUGCAGUGAGAAUUUUGGAUACACCAAGUGCUCCACAAAAGCUUGCUGUGAAGGAGCUUAAGAGGGAUUCAGUGACUCUUGGCUGGGAAACUCCACUGACUGACGGUGGUUCUAAAAUCACAAACUAUAUUGUGGAGAAGAGAGAGUCUGUCAGGAAGGUAUAUACUACUGUCACCAGCAACUGCACAGCCAACUCCUUUAAGAUUGAAGACUUGCCUGAGGGUGGAAUGUUCUACUUUAGAGUCUGUGCUGUAAAUGAAUAUGGCCAGGGACAGAUGGUUGAAACUAAAGAAAUCAAAGUGUCUGAGGUACCUCUUCCACCAAACAAGGUUACUCUUGUAGAUUUGACCAAGACUAGUGUGUCAUUGGCUUGGGAAAAACCUGCCCAUGAUGGUGGAAGCAAAGUAAUGUGCUACAAUGUAGAAUUCAAGCCUAAGACUGGGGAUAAAUGGGGCACAGCAUGCACAGUCAAGGUGCCAGAAGCAACUGUUCCCAAUCUGACUCCUAAUGAAGCCUAUUUAUUCAGAGUUGUUGCAAUCAAUGAGAAGGGAAAGAGUGAGCCAAAGGAUCUUGGUUUGCCUGUAGUUGCAAAGGAUGUUGGAAUUGAACCAUCAGUCAAUUUACUGUUUAACACAUACAGUGUUAAAGCUGGAGAUGACCUCACUCUUGAGAUUCCAAUAAGAGGCAGACCAAAACCUGUUGUUUCCUGGAAGAAGGACGGCCUUCCCCUGAAGCAGACAUCAUCAGUGACGAUCUUGAACACUGCAACCUCAUCCAAAAUUGUCAUCAAAGAAGCUACCAGAGAACAUGUUGGCAAGUAUGAAAUCACUCUGGCCAAUGCAGCAGGAACUGUCACAUCAGAUAUCGGAGUUGUUGUCCUCGAUAAACCAGGUCCACCAAAAGCAAUAAAGGUGGAUGCUGUGUCCUCAGACAGCAUCACACUCUCCUGGUCCCCACCAGAAUAUGAUGGUGGGUGCUCUAUCAGCAAUUACAUUGUGGAGAAGAGAGACACAAACACACAGGAAUGGCAGAUGGCAGCAAGUAAUGUUGCCAGAACAGCUUUCAAGGCUGGCCGCCUGACACACGGAGCAGAGUACCAGUUCCGUAUCUAUGCAGUUAAUCGUUAUGGAAAGAGCACAUAUCUGGAUUCACCUGGAAUCACUGCUAUGUAUAACUUCAAACAACCUGGACCUCCUUCCACACCCAUAGUGAAACUGGCUACCAAGUCUUACAUGUUGGUGACCUGGAAUGAACCAGUCAGUGAUGGUGGCAGUCCUGUUUUGGGCUACCAUCUGGAGAGGAAGGAGCGUUCUAGCAUUCUUUGGACAAAGAUGAACAGAGGAAUGAUCAAAGAUACAGAAUACAAAGUCAAUGGAAUUGAAGAAGGCAUGAUGUAUGAAUACCGCGUCUAUGCUGAAAAUAUUGCUGGCAUUGGUAAAUGCAGCAAGGCCUGUGAAGCUGUAGCAGCCAGAGAUCCAUGCGAUCCCCCAGGCACACCUGUGGUUACUGCAGUUACCAGAACAUCUGUGUCCUUAUCUUGGGAUAAACCAGAGUAUGAUGGUGGAGCCAAAGUUUCUGGCUACAUUAUUGAACGCAGAGACCUUCCUGAAGGACGCUGGACACGGUGCAACUUCACAAAUGUGCCUGAGACCCACUAUGAUGUGACAGGCCUUACAGAGAACAGCCAGUAUGAUUUCCGUGUGAUUGCAAAGAAUGCAGCUGGAUUGUUCAGCAUACCAUCAUACAACACUGGCCCUAUCACUGCGAAGGAUGAUGUGGAUCCACCUCGCAUCAUGAUGGAUGUGAAGUUCAGAGAAACACUGCAUGUAAAAGCAGGAGAAACUCUGAAGAUUAAUGCUGACCUGGUUGGACGUCCUGCUCCUGUCAUCUCCUGGACAAAGGAUGGCAAAGAGAUUGAGCUGAGAGCCAGAAUCCAGAUGAUUUCAACAGAUUCCAACACAUGUGUCAUCGUCAAAGACUGCAUCAGAAGAGAUUCUGGGCAGUAUGCCCUGACUCUUCAGAAUAUUGCAGGAACAGUUACCAUGCCAAUAAACUGUGUAAUUCUGGAUAAACCAGGACCCUCAGCAGGACCCCUACAAAUUACUGGUCUCACAGCUGAGGAGUGCACUCUGUCAUGGGGUCCUCCUCAGGAGGCCGGUGGUGCUGACAUCACUCAUUACGUUGUUGAGAGGCGCGAGACCAGCCGCUUGGCAUGGACACUGGUGAAGGGAGACGUCAAAAAGACACACUUCAAAGUCACCGGCCUGCUCAAGGGCAAUGAAUAUAUCUUCAGGGUUCUGGCUGUCAGCAAGCAUGGACCUGGUGAGGCACUGGAGAGUGAUCCUGUAAAGAUCACAGAUCCCUACACAUUCCCCUCCGCUCCAGCAGGUGUUGAUGUAACUACUAUAACUGGUGAUUCCAUGACCCUCACCUGGUGCAAGUCAGCUAGUGAUGGAGGCAGUCCCAUCACUGGAUAUGUGAUUGAGCGCCGUGAGAAGACGGGCAUGCGAUGGGUUCGUGUGAACAGAGAUCCAGUUGUUGAAUGUACUGCAGUAGCAACCAAACUGCGCAAGGCUUGUGAGUAUGAUUUCAGGGUCUAUGCUGAAAAUGCAGCUGGUUUGAGUCCCCCAAGUGAACCAUCUGCAACAUUCAGAGCAUUGGAUCCUCUGGUUGUUCCUUCUCGUCCAACCAAACCAAAGAUCAUCAGUUCAACCAAGGGUGCUGUGUCCAUUGUCUGGAAACCACCAGCAGAUGAUGGUGGUGCUCCCAUCCUUGGAUACAGUGUGGAAUACAGAGACUACAUCCACAAACCAAAGCCAAAGGUUGAGGAAGAGGAGGAAUAUGAGGAGGAGGAGGAAGAGGAGGUACCUGAAUCACCUGAAGAACUUGCAAGAUGGGUUGAAGCUAUCCCUCUUACCAAGAGCUUGGAGUUCACAAUCACUGGAUUAAAGACAGAUGCAGAAUAUGAAUUCUGUGUUAAGGCAAUCAACAAAGUUGGCAGCAGUGUGCGAAGCCCAUAUUCAGAUGCAGCUGCAGCAAUGGACAGAACCUCAGAGCCAUCAUUUGACGUUGACAUCGAGAUGCGUAAAGUACUUAUUGUUAAGCACGGCACUGCAUUUACACUCAAUGUGCCAUUCAAAGGAAAACCUGUGCCAUCAGUAGCCUGGGGCAAGGAGGGUGUUGACCUGAAAGUCAGAGGAACAAUUGAAGCAACAGAAUCCAGCACCUCACUCACUAUUGAGAAGUCAAACAGAAAUGAUUCUGGAGAGUACCAUGUUACCAUUGAAUCUCCACUGGGAAAAGCAACCCUGCCCAUUGUUGUCAAAGUGCUUGAUUCUCCUGGACCCCCAGUCAGCGUGAAAGUUUCAGCAGUGACCAGGGAUUCUGCUACCCUCACUUGGGAGCCUCCAGAGAAUGAUGGCGGUGAUGCAGUAAAGGCAUACCAUGUUGAAAAACGUGAGGCCAGUAAAAAGGCCUGGGUAUCUGUGACCAGCAACUGCCACGAUCUGACUUACAAGGUGGAAGACUUGCAGGAGGGAGCCAUCUACUACUUCAGAGUUAUUGGAGAAAAUGAGUAUGGAGUGGGUGAGCCUCAGGAGGCCAAGGCUGGAACAAAGAUAACAGAGGUACCAAGUCCACCUAUGAAACUUGGAGUUGUAAACGUUACCAAGGACAGUGUGACAAUUGCCUGGACAAGACCAGAGUAUGAUGGCGGCAGCAGAGUCACUGGCUAUCUUAUUGAUGCCGUGGAGAAGGGACAGACCAAGUGGGUGAAGUGUGCCACUGUGAGGACGAUGAAUCACACAAUUAAGAGCCUGAGGGAAGGUGCCGAGUACUUCUUCAGAGUCCGAGCAGAGAACCACGCCGGACUCAGUGAACCCAAGGAGAUGAUCGUUCCUGUUAUUGUCAAGGAAAUACAAGAGGCUCCUGAAUUUGACCUGACUAACUACCCCAAGAAUACAGUUUAUGUGAAAGCAGGAUCCGACCUGACCUUUGAGAUUCCUCUCAGUGGCAGGCCCAUGCCAAAGGUGACCAUGUCUAAGAACAAUGUUGCUAUCAAGGGAUCCAAGAGGCUGUUGACAGAAGUGACUCCAGACAGCUUAAUCAUUACUCUAACUGAAAGCAUUUCCAGUGAUGCUGGCAAAUAUGAAAUCACCGCCUCAAAUGCAGGAGGUACCACCAAGAUCUUCAUCAUCUUUGUUGUGCUGGACAAACCCGGACCUCCUGUUGGUCCUGUUGAGAUUGGAGAGGUUGGAGAGACCACAGUGUGUCUGAAAUGGGCUCCUCCAGAAUACGAUGGCGGCAGUCCUGUUACCAACUACGUUGUCCUGAAGCGUGAAACCAGCACUCCUACAUGGGCAGAGGUGUCCACGAGCAUUGCCAGAACCUCAAUCAAGGCAGCUAAGCUGACCAAAGGAGAGGAGUAUCAGUUCAGGAUCAAGGCUCAGAAUCGCUUUGGUGUCAGUGACCACAUUGACAGCAAGCCAGUUAUGAUAAAGCUUCCCUACAUCAUCCCUGGACCUCCAUCCACCCCAUGGGUUAGCUACGUAUCUCGAGAGAGCCUAACAGUGUGCUGGAAUGAGCCUGUCAAUGAUGGUGGAAACCCAGUGUUUGGAUAUCAUCUCCAGAUGAAGGAGAGAAGCAGCAUCCUCUGGCAGAAGGUCAAUAAGACAGCAAUCCCAGCUAACCAGUGGCGUGUCACAAACAUCUGCCCUGGCCUCAUCUAUGAAUUCAAGGUUGCAGCUGAAAAUGCUGCUGGUAUUGGAAAGUUGAGCAAGACUUCUGAAGAGGUGCUUGCUAUUGAUGCCUGUGAGCCCCCAGCAAACGUCCAUGUCACAGAAGUGACCAAGAACUCUGUCAGCCUGGCCUGGCAGAGGCCUCCAUUUGAUGGCGGCAGCAAGAUUACUGGCUACAGUGUGGAGAGAAGGGAAGCUGCAAGUGGUAGAUGGGUGAAGGCCAACUUUACAAACAUCAUCGAGAUGGGCUUCACUGUGUCCGGACUGAACCAGGAUGAGUCUUAUGAGUUCAGAGUGUAUGCCAAGAAUGCUGUCGGAUCUGUCAGCAACCCAUCUCUCAUCGCCGGCCCUGUCACUUGCGUCGACGCCUGUGGUGCCCCAGCCAUCGAUCUUCCUCCAGAGUAUCUGGAUGUGGUUCAGUUUAAGGCUGGAGUCUCAGUUAAACUCAAAGUAGGAAUUAUUGCCAAGCCUCUGCCAACCAUCGAGUGGCUCAAGGAUGGAAAAGAGCUGGUAGCAACCUCCAAACUGUCUGUGGAAAGCACGACUGACUCUUCUGCUGUUCUGAUCAAGGACGCAACUCGCUUUGACACAGGCUCAUAUGAGAUCAAGAUUAAGAAUGUUCUUGGAUCAGCAUCUGCAACCAUCAGGAUAGAAAUCCUCGACAAACCUGGCCCCCCAGCUGGCACCAUUAACUUCAACUCUGUCACAGCUGACAAGAUCAUCUUCAGCUGGGAACCUGUACCCGAGUCUGACCAGGGGGGCUCUAAAGUGACCCACUAUGUUGUCGAGAGGCGUGAAACUAGCCGAGUGGUCUGGUCGACAGUUUCAGACAAGUACGAACAGACACACAUCACUGUCGGCAAACUGGUGCGUGGAAAUGAGUAUGUGUUCCGUGUCAUGGGUGUUAACAAGUUUGGAGUAGGCGAGUCACUGGAGUCAGAGCCCGUCAUCGCUAAGAACGCCUUUGUAACUCCUGGCCAGCCCCAUACUCCUGAGGUGAACACCAUCACUAAGACCACCAUGUUGGUAGAAUGGGACAAACCAGGUGUGGACGGAGGUAGCACCGUCACCGGCUACUACCUGGAGAGGAGAGAUAAGAAGAGUCUGCGCUGGAUCAGAGUUUACAAAGAUCCUGUUACUGACAUCAAACAAACCGUUUACCACCUGACUGAAGGAAAUGAGUAUCAGUAUCGUGUCUGUGCCAUUAACAAGGCUGGAGAAGGACCAUUCUCUGAUGUAUCAGACUACUACAAGGCUGCUGACCCAGUUGAUACACCUGAUGAGCCUUGCAAGUUGAAGGUGGUGGACUCCACAAAGACAUCCAUCACAUUGGGCUGGUCCAAACCAGAAUGGGAUGGAGGCAGUGAGGUCACCAGCUACAUGGUCGAGAAGCUUGUUGAGAGAGAGCAAGAAUGGGCCAUGAUUACCUCCAAGGGAGAGGUCAAGACAACAGAGUACAUAGUUCAUGACUUAAAACCAGAUGUGAACUACUUCUUCAGAGUCUCUGCUAUCAAUUGUGCUGGCCGUGGUCAACCUCUGGAGAUGACCGAACCUGUGCAGGCCAAGGAUAUCCUGGAGGAGGCCCAGAUCGACUCCGAUGUCGCCAUGAGAACUCACUACAUUGUGAAGGCUGGAAAGGAUGUGGAGCUGUCUGUUCCUCUGAAGGGCCGACCUGCUCCCACUGCCUCCUGGAGCAAAGGAGAAGAAUGCAUCGACCACAAUCCCCAAUACGAGUUUCACCACUCAGAUACGACCACAGUUCUUGUUAUGCGUGAGGUGACCAGGCUUGACACUGGAAAGUACACAGUGAAGAUAGAGAAUGGUGUUGGAGAGCCCAAGACUCUGACUCUGUCUGUGAAAGUCCAGGACACUCCCGCUCAGUGCAGGAACCUGGUCCUAAAGGAUGUGACCCGUGGAAAGGUGACUCUCUGUUGGGAACCUCCACUCCUCGACGGCGGUGCUGAAGUCACAAACUAUAUUGUUGAGAAGAGGGACUCCUCCAAGAGAUCAUACUCUGCAGUGACAAACAAAUGCACAGACACAACAUACACCAUUGAAGAUCUCUCCGAAAAGACAUCCUUCUUCUUCCGUGUCUUAGCAGAGAACGAGAAUGGUGUUGGUGAUCCAUGUGAUACACUUGAGCCCAUAAAGGCUACAGAGACACCGGGACCAGUCAAGGAAGUCUGUAUGAAGGAUUCAUCUAAGACCUCUGUCACUUUGCAGUGGCUGAAGCCUGAAUAUGAUGGUGGCAGCAUCAUCUCUGACUACGUUAUUGAGAAGAAGCUGAAGGAUGAGGAGUGGUCAUUGGGAGGAACCAGCAGGCAGUGUGAGUUUGAGGUCAAGAAACUCAAGGAGCACACAAAUGUGUUCUUCAGAGUUGCUGCCAGGAAUGAAAAGGGACAGGGUGACUUUGUUGAGGUUGGACCUAUCAAGGUCAUUGAUUACAUUAUCACACCAGAGGCGGACCUUUCAGAGUACCCAGAUGGCAGGAUAAACAUUCGCCUGGGCCAUAAUGUGCACAUUGAGCUACCAUACAAAGGCAAACCCAGACCUGCUGUCCUGUGGCUGAAGGACAACCUGCCUCUAAAGGAAGGUGACCAGGUCCGCUUUAAAAAGACAGAGAACAAAGCCACUCUGAUGAUUAAGAAUGUGAAAAAGGAGAACGAGGGUAAAUACACUCUCACCCUUGACAAUAAGGUCAACAGAAGAUCCUUCCACAUCCAUGUUAUCACACUCGGACCACCAUCGAAGCCUGUCGGACCCAUCCGACUGGAUGAAGUGAGGGCUGAGAGCAUCAUGAUCUCCUGGGAUGAACCCAAUGAUGACGGUGGUGGAGAUAUCACCUGUUACUCUGUGGAGAAGCGUGACACUUCCCAGUCCGCCUGGAAGAUGGCCUGCUCCAGUGUGGUGGGCACCCAGUUCAAGAUCCCCAACCUGAUCAAAGGUGUCCAGUACCAGUUUAGAGUGUGUGCUGAGAACAGAUAUGGUGUCAGCGAGCAUCUGAUUUCACAGAUGGUCAUCGCCAAGCAUCAGUUCAGGCCUCCAGGCCCACCAGGCAAGCCUGUGGUGUACAACGUCACAAAUGAUGGUAUGACCAUUCAGUGGGAGAAGCCCAUCUAUGAUGGUGGAACCCCUAUCCAGGGUUACCAUGUGGAGAAGAAAGAGAAGAACAGCAUCAUGUGGCAAAAGGUAAACACCAUGCUGAUCAAGGACACAGACUUCAGGAUUUUGGAGCUCAUUGAAGGCCUGGAGUACUCCUUCAGAGUCUAUUCCCAGAACGAUGCUGGGUUCAGCCGAAUGAGUGAUGAGAGCAAGCCAACCAUGGCUGUCAGUCCUGUUGAUGCUCCUGGCCAGCCUGACUACACUGAUGUGACCAGUGACUCUGUGACACUGAAAUGGGAUGCACCAAAACGUGAUGGUGGCAGCAAGAUUACUGGCUACAACAUUGAAAAACGCCAAGGAAAGGGCCGCUGGUUCAAGGCCAACUUGACAGACGUCCAUGACUGUCACUACACCGUCACUGGGCUGGCAACAAAUGAACGCUACGAGUUCAGAGUCAUUGCUAGAAAUGCCAUCGGCGUUGUCAGUGACCCCUCCAACUCCUCUGGCUUGAUUGUUGUCAGAAGUGAGAACGCUACUCCAAAUAUCGAGUUUGGUCCUGAGUACUUUGACGGUUUGACAGUCAAGGCAGGAGACAACAUCAGACUGAAGGUGACCAUCACUGGACGCCCAGUUCCCAAGGUGGUCUGGUUCAGAGAUGGCACGCAGAUCACCAAAAAGAUGAUGGACAUCAUCACUGUAGCUGGAUCCAGCACUCUGUUCGUCAGGGAUGCUGACCGCACCCAUCGUGGCCUUUACACUGUGGAGGCUACCAAUGGAUCUGGAACCAAGAAGGAGAACAUUCUGGUCCAAGUCCAAGACACACCUGGGGAGCCAGUCGGUCCCAUCACCUUCAGCAACAUCUCAGAGGGCAAGUGCACUCUGUCAUGGAAUCCACCGGAGAACGACGGCUGCUCUGACAUCUCACAUUACAUCAUCGAGAAGCGUGAGACUGCCAAGAUCUCCUGGGCCCUGGUGUCUGAUGAGUGCAAGGCGUGCACGUUCAACGCCAGCAAGCUGAUCAAGACCAACGAAUACCAGUUUAGGGUGUCUGCUGUUAACAAGUUUGGAGUUGGCAGACCUUUGGAGUCCAGCCCCAUCAUUGCACAGAUGCAGUAUACUACUCCUGAUGCUCCAGGCACUCCUGAUGCCACAGACGUGACUGGAGAGAGCAUCACCCUGUCCUGGACUCCUCCAACAUCUGAUGGAGGAAACCCCAUUCAGUACUACAUCCUUGAGAAACGAGAGAAGAAGACUGUGCGCUUCUACAAGGUGAUGACCAAGAAACCCAUCGUUGAGUGUGCUCACAAGGUGCUCAACCUGACAGAAGACAUGGAGUACGAGUUCCGUGUUAUGGCUGUCAAUGACGCCGGCGUCGGAACUCCAAGCAACAUCUCUGUGCCCAUCAAAGCUGCUGAGCCAAAGGACAUUCCCUGUGCUCCAUCUGUGGUCUGUGUGUCCGACUCCACCAACACCUCCAUCAGCUUGGAAUGGACCAGGCCUGUGGACGAUGGAGGCAUGGAUAUCAUUGGCUACAUUAUUGAGAUGGUUAAGGGAGAGGAGACUGAAUGGAAGAGAGUGAAUGAGGAGCUUGUGCCAGAAACUCAUCACGUAGUGACCGGUCUACAGACAGGAGCUGAGUACAAGUUCCGUGUUUCAGCUGUCAAUCAUGUGGGCAGAGGUGAGAAUAAGGAGAUCCCAGAGCCCGCUCAGGCUGUGGACAGGCUGACACCUCCACAGGUAGAUAUCGAUGCCACCUUCAAGCAGACGCACAUCGUAAAGGCUGGAGGUUCAGUGUGCCUUGGUAUCCACUUCAGAGGAAAGCCCAUUCCCACUGCCACCUGGGUGAAGGAGGACGGACAACUUGGUGCCAUGUCAGAGGUCAUAACUACCGAUGGUUAUAGCUCUCUGAGUAUUGAAAACUGCUCUAGAACUGAUACAGGCAAGUACACAGUUAACCUAGAGAAUGCCAGUGGCAGCAAGGCCAUUACCUUUGUCCUAAAGGUGAUGGACACUCCUGGGCCUCCACAGGCUGUGGCCUUCAAGGAGGUAUCCAGAGGCUCAGUCACACUAAUCUGGGAGCCUCCUCUCAAUGAUGGUGGAGCCCGAGUCCAUCACUACAUUGUUGAGAGGCGUGAGGCUAGCCGCCGUACUUGGCAGCAGUCUGGUGGUAAGUGCACACAGCACAUCCUGAAGAUCCAGGACCUGCUGGAGGGAGUACCAUACUUCUUUAGAGUCUCUGCUGAGAGCCAGCAUGGUAUAGGCGAAGCGUUUGAGCUGACUGAGCCUGUCAUUGCGACUGCAGAGCCUUCAGCUCCAAAGAGAAUGGACAUCCUGGACACCACAGACAGCUCUGUUUCACUGGGCUGGCUGAAGCCAGAGCACGAUGGUGGCAGUCGCAUCCAGCAGUAUGUCAUUGAAGCUAAGGCAAAGGGUACAGACAAAUGGAUGGUGGUUGGCAACACCAAGAGUCUCACCUAUGUGGUUGAAAAGCUCAACAAGGGUGACGAGUAUGACUUCCGUGUGAAAGCUAAGAAUGAAUCUGGUUACAGCAUCCCGAAGGAAACUCUGGCUCCUGUACUGGUGAAAGAGCCUCACAUUGAACCUGCUGCUGACCUCAGCGAAAUUGCCAACCAGCUCAUCACAUGCAGGUCUGGCAACACCUUUACCAUCGAUGUCCCUAUCAUUGGUAGACCGGCACCUAAGGUAACGUGGAAGCUGGAGGAGAUGAGGCUGAAGAACUCAGACAGAGUAUCCAUCAAAGUAACCAAGGACAGAACCAGCAUCUCAGUCAAGGAGUCUAUGAGAGGAGACGGCGGUAAAUACUACCUGACUCUGGAGAACGUGGCAGGAACCAGAACCUUUACUAUUGAAGUCAAUGUCACAGGCAGACCAAGUCCUCCAACUGGACCCAUUGAAAUCUCUUCCAUCACCUCUGAAUCUUGUGUCAUUAACUGGCAACCACCAGAAGACGAUGGUGGCACCGACAUCACCAACUACAUCGUGGAAAAGCGCGAGUCUGGUUCCACAGCCUGGCAGCUCAUCAACUCCAGUGUGAAGCGCACGUCUCUCCACGUCAGUCACCUGACCAAAUACAUGCAGUACACAUUCAGGGUCUCUGCUGAAAACAGAUUUGGUGUCAGCAAGUCCACAGAGUCUGAGACUAUCGUCGCAGAGCAUCCUUUCACACCUCCUGGUCCACCAACAAAGCCUUCGGUCUUUAAUGUCACUGCUAACACAAUGACCCUGAAAUGGGAGGAGCCCUACCAUGAUGGUGGCAGCAAGGUGACAGGCUAUUGGAUUGAGAAGAAAGAGAGAAACAACAUCCUGUGGGUGAGGGAGAACAAGAUCCCAUGCUUUGAGUGCUACUACAAGGUGGAAGGUCUGGUGGAGGGUCUGGAGUAUCAGUUCAGGGUUUAUGCAAUGAACAGCGCUGGACUGAGCAAAGCCAGCGAGGCCUCCAAGGGAGCAGUCGCUCAAAAUCCAGUUGAUCCGCCAGGUAAACCUGAAGUCACAAAUGUUACAAGAACCACCGUGUCACUCAAAUGGUCGGCUCCACUGAACGAUGGUGGCAGUCCCAUUGUGGGCUACAUCAUUGAGCGCAAGCCAUACACUCUGACUGGCGAAGGUCGCUGGCUCAAGUGUAACUACACCAACGUGACUGACAACUUCUACACUGUGACUGCACUGGGAGAGGGAGAGCCCUAUGAGUUCAGAGUUAUUGCCAAGAAUGCCAACCAGGUCUUCAGCAUGCCCUCCGAGUCCACCGGAUCUGUGCAGUGCAAGACCGACUUUGAACCUCCAAAGGCCCAGCUGGACAGCAAACUUCUGUCUGAAACCGUGAUGGUCAGAGCUGGUUCAGACCUGGUUCUGGAUGCUGCAGUUGGCGGAAGGCCUGACCCCAAGGCUUCCUGGUCCAAGGGCAACAGGGAGCUGGAUCUGUGUGAGAAAUACCACCUACAAUACACCCCAACCAAGGCCAUGGCCAUCAUUAAAUUCUGUGACAGAGAUGACACUGGAAAAUACAUCCUGACUGUCAGGAACGUAAGCGGAACCAAGACUGCCGAGGUCAACGUCAAGGUGCUUGACACACCUGGAGUAUGUGAAGGCAGCAUUGAGAUCAGCAAGAUAACAGAAGAGUCAUGCACCCUGAGCUGGAAACCUCCUCUGGAGGACGGCGGUGAUGAUGUCACUUACUACAUCGUGGAAAGGCGGGACACCAAUAGACUCAACUGGGUUAUCAUGCAUGCCGAGUGCAAAGAGGUGACCUGCAACAUCACCGGACUGUUCAAGAACACAGAGUACCUGUUCAGAGUUCGCGGAGUAAACAAGUAUGGACCUGGAGUCUACCUUCAGUCAGAGCCCAUGGUUGCCAGGAACACAUUCACUGUGCCAACACCUCCUGGUGCUCCAGAGAUUCUGGUAUCAGGAAAAGACUUCGCCACCAUCGAGUGGCUGAAGCCGGAGAGCGACGGCGGCAGUCCAUUGAUCCACUACCUGGUGGAGAGACGUGAGAGAAAGAGUGCCCGCUGGGUGAAAGUGAACAGAGACGGGGCUCACCUGGACACCACUCUGAAGGUGUCCGGCUUGACCGAAGGCAACAUUUACCAGUUCAGAGUGACAGCCAUCAACAAGGCCGGGGAGAGUGAGGCCAGCGAGGUGUCCCUGUAUAUUGUGUGCAGAGUGCCCACAUGCACCCCUGCUCCUCCUUCUAUCCCUCGUAUCACCGACACCCAUGCCGACAGCAUUAGCCUGGCCUGGUCCCGACCCGUGGAGGAUGGCGGAGCCGAUGUGAUUGGCUACAUCCUGGAAAUGCAGGAGGCUGGAGCAGAGGAAUGGAAGAAGGCCCAUGAGAAGACCCUGCGUGCCACAGAGUACGUGGUGACUGGACUCUCUGCAGGCAAGAAGUACUGCUUCAGAGUGGCCGGCAUCAACAUCAACGGCACAGGAGACUUCAGUGAACCCUGUGCUGAGACUGAGCCAGUGGAGAGAAUCGAAACCCCUGAUUUUGAGCUCCAUGACGACCUCAAGAAGACCAUCUGCCUGCGUGCUGGUGGCUCACUCCGCCUCUUCGUCAAUGUCACCGGUCGUCCUGCUCCUGCUAUCACUUGGAGCAAGCCUGGUGUCGACCUCCAAAAUAGAGGCUUCAUCGAGGUCACAAACACCUCCACCACUCUCAUCAUUGACAAGGUGCAUCGUUACGACGCUGGAAAGUACACAUUGGUGGCCGAGAACUCAGCCGGCAAGCAGGAAGUCAGCAUCCUGGUCAAGGUGUACGAUACUCCUGGACCAACUGGGCCUAUCAAGAUCAAGGAGCUGACCAAGGAGUCUGCUACCAUUUGUUGGGAAGCUCCGACCGUAGAUGGUGGCGCUCCCGUCAACAACUACAUCAUCGAGCGGCGUGAGGCGUCCAUGAGAGCCUACAAAACUGUCACUUCUAAGUGCAGCAAAACAUCAUAUAAGAUUGAUGGCCUUGUUGAGGGCAUGCUCUAUUACUUCCGCGUCCUCCCUGAGAACAUUUAUGGCAUCGGUGAGCCCAGCGAGACUCCUGAUCUCAUCCUCGUUUGUGAGGUGCCUCUGCCACCACACAAGCUGGAGGUGAUUGAUGUCACCAAGACCACCGUCACUCUUGGCUGGGAGAAGCCCGAGCAUGAUGGUGGCAGCAGACUGACAGGCUACAUCAUUGAAGCCUGCAAGUUCGGCACUGACAAGUGGAUGAAGGUGGCCACACUGAAGCUCACAGACUUCGAGCACACCAUUGAGAAGCUGACUGAGAACGAGCAGUUUAUGUUUAGGAUCAAAGCUGUCAACAGCAGAGGAGCCAGCGAGCCCAAAGAGCUUGUUGCAGCAGUCACUGUACAGGAACAAAGAGUGAUGCCUGUGGUGGACUUCUCCAGUAUUCCUCAGAAGGUUGUCAAUGUACUGGCUGGUAAGACUCUGGAUCUGGACCUGCCCAUCAUUGGCAGGCCUCCUCCCAUCUGCUCCUGGUACUUUGCUAACAACAAGCUGAAAGUCACAGACCGCGUCAAGAUCAAGAGCACUGGCAAGUUCUCCAAGCUGACCGUGUCUGACACCACCAUUGAUGACACUGGUGACUACACCUUGGAGGUGAAGAAUGCUGUCGGUGUCAUCACUGAGAUCAUCAAAGUCAUCGUUCUCUCUAAACCUGACGAGCCCAAUGGACCAAUUAGGUUUGACGAGAUUGAUGCCAACACCGUCACCUGCAGCUGGGAUCCUCCAGUAAGAGAUGGUGGUGCUCCCAUCAGUGGCUAUGUGGUGGAGCAGCGUGAUGCUCACAGACCGGGCUGGGUGCCUGUCUGUGACUCGGUCAGCCGACCAUUGUUCAAGUUCGUGAACCUGAUUGAAGGAGAUGAGUACGUCUUCCGUGCAGCUGCUGUAAAUCGAUAUGGCACCGGAGAGUUCCUGCAGUCAGAGGUUGUCUCCUGCAGAAGCUUGAAGAAUGUACCUGGACCUCCUGGCCGUCCAACUGUCUUUGACGUUUCACGUGAUGGCAUGACCGUGGCCUGGAAUCCACCAGAGGAAGAUGGUGGUCUUGAGGUUUCUGGAUAUAUCAUUGAGCGUAAAGAAGUCAGGUCUGACAGAUGGGUGCGUGCCAACAAGAACCCCGUCACCAUGACCAGAUACAGGUCGACCGAACUGAUUGAGGGCCUUGAGUACGAACACAGAAUCACUGCCAUCAAUGCCAGAGGUCUGAGCAAACCCAGUCUGCUAUCCAAACCAGCUGUGGCAACAGAUCCAAUUGAUCCACCAGGCUGUCCACAAAACCCAAGAGUCAUUGACACUACCAAGUCCUCUGUGUCACUGGCUUGGAGUCCUCCUGAUGAUGAGGGCGAUGCUAGGGUGGACGGUUACCUGAUUGAAAUGCAGAAGGUAGGCACCAUGGCCUGGAUCAAGUGCAAUACCACACCUUCUCUGAUCUGCGAGUACACACUCACCAAAAUGCCACAAGGAGAGGAGUUCAAAUUCCGUGUGAUGGCCUGCAAUGCCGGUGGCUCGGGAGAGCCUGCUGAAGUUCCAGGAACAGUGACUGUGACUGAAAUGCUUGAAUCUCCCGACUACGACCUGGAGCUGAAGUACAAAGAUGUGUACGUGGUUCGCCAUGGAGGAGUUGUCAGACUCUCUGUGCCCAUUAAGGGUAAACCUCACCCAGCCUGCAAAUGGUCCAAGGAUAGUGGUGCCGUCUCCAGUAAGGCCAUGAUCGCUUCCACUGAGGACACCAGUGAACUAGUGAUCAAGGGAGCUGAGAGAAGUGACUCUGGUGUGUAUGAUCUCCUGCUUGAGAACAAGGUUGGUAAGAAAAAAGCCCAAAUCAAGGUAAAGGUCAUUGGCCGACCUAGCGCCCCAGAGGGACCAAUGAUCUUUGAGGAGAUCCAGGCCAACUCUGUCAAGGUUUCCUGGAAGACUCCAACAGAUGAUGGUGGCUCAGAGAUCCUUGGUUAUAUCGUAGAGAGACGUGAGGCAGCAAGAAACGCCUGGUACACCGUGGACUCCAGAGUGACUGAAACUCAGCUUGUUGUUAAGGGCCUGAAGGAAGAAACAGAGUACCACUUCAAGGUCACCGCUGAAAACUCCUUUGGUAUCAGUGCAUCUCUGAAGUCUGAGCAGCCAGUUUUACCAAAGACUCCUCUCUGUCCUCCCGAGCCUUCAAGCACUCCACCAGAGAUCAUGGACGUUACCAAGAGCUCAGUGGCGCUGGCCUGGUCCAGACCAAAGGAUGAUGGCGGUUCUGCCAUUACCGGCUACUUUGUUGAGUACAAGGUGGUGUCUGCUGAGGCAUGGUCCCGUCACGGCACCAAGAUCACUUCCACCAUGUUUACUCUGCCUGGACUCACCCCUGAUACAGAGUACCAGUUCCGCAUUGUUGCUGUCAAUGACAUAGGCGAAAGCGAGGCUGGUCCUGUGUCUGAUUCAGUCACCUGCAAAGAUCCAUUUGACAAGCCCAGUCAACCAGGUGAGAUUGACAUUGUGACUGUGAUGAACAACUACAUCACAAUCCGCUGGCAGGCUCCAGAGUGCGAUGGUGGAAAAGAGGUCCUGGGCUACUGGGUGGAGUACAGGAAGUCCAUCGAGACCUCCUGGAAGAAGUGCAACAAGCAGAGGUUGAAGGAGAAGGAGUUUACCAUGCCUGGACUGGCCGAGGCUACAGAGUACGAGUUUAGAGUGUUUGCUGAGAAUGAGACGGGAAUGAGCAGACCUCGUAGGACUGCCACUUCCAUCAAGACCAAACUCAGUGUUGAAAGUAAACCAAGCCUGAGAAAGGAAAUGGAUGAAGUAACUGUUAAGCUUGGUCAGCCCGGUGUGAUGAAGUGCCAGAUUAUUGGCAGACCUGUCCCCGAUAUUAAGUGGUAUCAUGCUGGCAAGGAGGUUGUCGAGUCUCGCAAGUACGAGAUGAGCUCUGAUGGCCGCAACCACUCCCUGUCGAUCAUGACUGACCAGCAGGAGGAUGAGGGAGAAUAUACCUGCAAGGCCAUCAAUGAUGCAGGAGAAGCCGAAACUACAGGCACCCUGGUGUUGGAGGCUCCUCCAUCCUUCCACCCUGAGUACCCACUGAAGGAAACCUACUACGCCGGCUUAGGAACUACUCUACGCAUCCAUGCUGUCUACAUUGGCCGCCCUGAGCCCAAGAUCAUGUGGCUGCAUGGGGCAAAGACCCUGGAGAACUCGGAGGACAUUAGCAUUGAGACCACUGAGCACUACACGCAUCUUGUCCUUAAGAACGUGCAGCGCAGAGUCCAUGGAGGCAAAUACAGGAUCAGACUGCACAACCACUUUGGCAGGGCGGACACUGCCUUCAGUGUUGAGAUCUAUGACAAACCAGACAUGCCUCAGGGUCCCAUCAUCCUCGAUGCUCUCCUAAAGAACUCAGUGAUCAUCAGCUGGAAGCCUCCUAAGGACGACGGUGGUUGCAUGAUCACCAACUACAUCGUGGAGAAGCGUGAAGACAAGGAGGGCACCGAGUGGGAACUGGUAUCAUCAUCCAUCAAUGGCACUUCUUGCCGUGUGCCCAACCUCAUCGACAGUGCUGGAUACUUCUUCCGUGUCUACGCCCAGAAUCGCUAUGGCAGCAGUGAGGCACUGGAGCUCACGUCCCCCAUCCUCAUCAAGAGCCAGCUGGAGAAGCCAUCACCACCUCUGUCACCAGUUGUUUCUGGAAUUACCAAGGACUCCUGCGUGGUUUCCUGGAAGCCUCCACUCAGUGACGGUGGAUCUAAGAUCAAGAGCUACUGUCUUGAGAAGAAGCACAAGAAGGACAAGAAGGAAUGGACCGAAUGGACUCCGGUGACCACUGAUGAAAUCAAACAGACAGUGUUCUCCGUCAAGCGUCUGACAGAGGGUAUCGAGUACAUCUUCCGUGUUAACUGCGAGAACCUUGGAGGACAAAGUGAGUACAGUGAGGAGACUGCACCCAUCAUUCCGGCUACAGCUGUAGAUGUCCGUGCUCCAGCCUUCAAGGAGGAGCUGAGAAACAUGAGUGUUAAGCAUAAGAGCAAUGCUACGCUCGUCUGCAAGAUCCUUGGACAGCCCAAGCCUGUGAUUAAAUGGUUCAGGCGAGGAAAGGAGAUCCACUCUGAUGGAAAGAAGAUCAAGAUCCAGGAGUUUAAGGGAGGUUACCAUCAGCUGGUCAUCACUGAGGCAGAUGAGGAAGACUCUACUGUUUACCAGAUUAGGGCCACCAACCAGGGAGGCUCUAUCUGUGCUACAGUGUCCCUGGAUGUUGAAAUCCCUGCCAAGAUCAACUUGCCAAAGAACCUGAAGGACAAGGAAGCCAUCCCCGCCCUGCGUGGAGAGGUGGUCAACAUCAAGAUCCCUUUCGGCGGCAAGCCAGAUCCUGUCAUCACAUGGCAGAAGGGGCAAGAUCUCAUCGACAGCAAUGGCCACUACCAAGUCAUCGUCACCCGAUCAUUCACCUCGUUGGUGUUCCCCAACGGUGUUGAGAAGAAGGAUGCCGGUUUCUACAUCGUCUGUGCUAAGAACAGAUUUGGCAUUGACCAGCAAACAGUUGAGCUAGACGUAGCUGACGUGCCUGAUCCUCCACGUGGUGUUAAAGCUAGUGACGUCUCCAGAGACUCGGUCACUCUGAACUGGGUGGCCCCAGCCAAUGAUGGCGGCAGCAAGGUCAUCAACUACAUUAUUGAGAAGUGCCCCACCACGGCUGAGAGGUGGCAACGUGUUGCACAGUCCCGUGACACCCACUACACUGUUAUCAACCUGUUCGGAGGAACAAGCUAUCAGUUCAGAGUUAUUGCUGAGAACAAGUUUGGACAGAGUGCCCCAUCUGAGUCCAGUGGCCCUGUCAUGACCAAAGAGGACAAGUCUAGAGUCCUGCUCUACGACAGGGAGGUGGACGAUACUGGACGUGUUCCCAAGGGCAAGGCUCCACAUGGUGACGCCAAGAAUCUGCACAACAAAUACUCCAUUGCAGAAGAGCUAGGUAGAGGUCAGUUUGGUAUUGUCCAUCGCUGUGUUGAAGCCAGCUCUGAGAAGACAUAUAUGGCUAAAUUUGUCAAAGUGAGAGGUGCUGAUCAGGCAAUUGUCAAGAAGGAAAUUGGAACGCUGAAUCUGGCCAAACACACAAACUUCCUCCUUCUCCAUGAGUCCUUCGACAGCCCUGAGGAACUUGUGAUGAUCUAUGACUUCAUCUCUGGCGUUGACAUCUUCGAGCGCCUCAACACAGCUGAAUUUGAGCUGAGUGAGCGUGAGAUUGUAAACUACAUCAAGCAGAUCUGCUCAGCUCUUGAGUUCCUUCAUGCUGAGAGCUAUGGACACUUUGAUAUCAGACCUGAGAACAUCGUGUACACCACCAGAAGCAGCUCUAAUGUGAAGAUUAUUGAGCUUGGACAGUCCAGACACCUGACUCCUGGGGACCAGAUCAAGGUUCAGUACACUACUGCAGAGUACGCUGCCCCUGAGAUCCACCAGUGUGACAUGGUGAGCACAGUCACUGACAUGUGGUCAGUUGGUGUCCUUGCUUAUGUGCUGCUCAGUGGACUCAAUCCAUUCACAGCCGAAACCAACCAACAGAUGAUCGACAACAUCUCCAAUGCAGCCUACAGCUAUGAUGAUGAGUCCUUCAAGCAGGUCAGUGUGGAAGCAUUGGACUUCACCGACCGUCUCAUGACAAAAGAACGUAAGCACCGUAUGAAAGCAGCUGAGGCUCUGGCACAUCCUUGGCUCACCAAGUCUACUGAGGAGCUCAGUGCCAGAUCAAUUCCAUCUGGAAGGCAUAAGAGAUACUACCAGACAAUGGUGAAAAAAGAGUGGAGCACUGUUGUAUCUGCUGCCCGUGUGGCCAGUGGCGGUUCCAUCAGAUCACAGCGUGGCGUCUUCGUUGCCAAGGUGAAGAUUGCUCCGUUUGAACACGGCCCUCUUGCAGGUCAGAUUAGCCACGCUAUGGUGAACGACGGAGACAGUGUGAAGUUCAUCUGCAACAUCGACAAUUAUGACAGCACCACUGAGGUUACGUGGUACUGUGGCGUCAGGCAACUCGAAGCUGGUGACAAAUAUGAAAUCGAGUAUGAGGAUGGUCUGGCUGUAAUCACUGUCAACAAGGUUACGAGAACAGACGAUGGAACAUACAGGUGCAAGGUUGUGAAUGAGUACGGUGAGGACAGUGCUUAUGCAGAGCUGUUUGUCAACAAUGUUAGAUCAUACCGUGACUUCUUCACCACCCGAGUGGUGAAGAAAACAAAGCGCAGAGUAGACACUGCCAGAAUGCUGCAGAAGCCGCCAGAGUUCACCCUGCCUUUGGUCAACCGCACAGCGUACAUUGGUGAGGAUGUGCGCUUUGGUGUCACCAUCACCGUUCACCCUGAGCCUCGUGUCAUCUGGCACAAGUCUGGACAAAAGCUCAUCCCUGGACAUGAUGACAGAAAAUACACUUUCAUCAGUGACAAAGGUUUGUAUCAGCUGAUUAUCCACAACCUAGACAGUGAGGACGAUGCUGAGUACAGCGUUGUGGCUCGUAACAGGUACGGUGAUGACAGCUGCAAGGCUCGUCUCACUGUUGUUCCUCGACCUAAACCAGCAGACCUCACCCUGAGGCCCAUGUUUAAACGCCUUCUCGCUAACGUUGAGUGCAAAGAGGGCCAAAAUGUGCGUUUUGAGAUCAGAGUAUCUGGCCAUCCCACACUGAAGUGGGAGAAGGAUGGCACUCCUUUAGCCUUUGGACCCUCCAUCGAGGUCGUCCAUGAGGGCCUGGACUACUUCAUCCUUCAUGUGAGAGACACUCUUCCCGAGGACUCUGGUGUUUACAGAGUUACUGCUACCAACUCUGCUGGAUCUGCAAGUUGCCAGGCCACACUUAAGGUGGAGCGUGUUGCCCACGUAAAGAAGGAUAUUGAGACCAGUGAAAAGGAGAAAGAAAGGGCCGCUGGAAAAGAGAAGUUAGAUAAGAAGGUGAGGCUGUCUCAGAUUUUGUCUGGAACUGUUGUUAUGCCUCUGCCACCUGCAGCAGUACAAGCUGUGAGAGAGGCAGCCACCAUGUUCAAACCUGCUGUCACCACUAAGAAGGGCGAGAAGACUGAGGCCGAGAUCCAGAAAGAACAGGAGGAGAGGAAGAAGAGGGCCGAUGAGAAAAGGCUGCGCAUGCCCUACGUCGUCCCCACACCUCGUGUCAUUAACCCUGCUGUUCUGGAGGAGGAUGUGGAAAUAAAACACUUCAAACCACUCUCUGACAUGAAAUGGUACAAGAAGCUGCGGGACCAGUAUGAGUUCCCUGAGCCGAUGGACAAAAUCAAGCAGAAGAGGAUGAAGCGUAUCCGUCUCUCCAGGUGGGAGCAGUUCUACGAGGUGCCCAUCAGGAUCAAGGACCAGUACAAGCCCAAAUGGCGGAUCUCAUCUAUGACCCAAGAUGACUUAGAGACAGUGAGGCCUGCAAGGCAUCGUACACCUUCCCCUGAGAUGGAUACUUACCACAGGAUCAGGAGGAGGUCUCUGGGCGACUUGUCAGAUGAAGAGCUGCUGCUGCCGGUGGAUGAGUACUUGUCCAUGAAGAGAACUGAGGAGGAGAGGCUGCGUCUGGAGGAGGAGCUGGAGCUUGGCUACUCUGCCUCUCCACCAAGCCUCAGCCCAGUUCGCUUUGAGCUGUCUGCUCUGCGUCCCUCUUCUCCAAGAAGAGUCUAUAGCGAUGAUGAAGAAGGAGAAGAAGUUCACAGGUAUGACUCCUACCGAAUUCCAUCUAAAUAUGAGGCUGGCCCAAGCUUUGUUGACCUCCGCCAGCGUCACGACAAAGCCACACACAAACCUCCGAGACAGAAGCAGAGGGUGUAUGAAGAGAGAGAAGAUCAGGAGCUGCUGCGCCCUCACACCACCACCCAGAGAAUCUCAUCUUACAACAGCGAACUCAAACGCAUGGAGUUUGAAGACAAGACCCGAGCCUCAAGAAAGGAAACAACUGUUACCAUUUCAACCAUCUCUGAAGCCAUUGAGUCUGAACACCUAACGACUUUCACCUCAGAAUAUAUUCCUAAACCCAUCAAGAAGCUCCCGACGCCUGAACCUGUGAGGAGGAGGUCUCCAACCCCAGAGAAAGCUGCAAAGACAGACGUCAGCCUUCCUAAAGUCGACUUCAUGUCCAGGUACGAAGAGAGAAAGCAGGCUCUGAGGUCAGAGAGAAGAUCUGUGGAGAGGAAGGUGGAGGUGGUUACACAGACUCCCUUUAGCCUCGACCACGCCCCUCGUAUCACCAUCAGGAUGCGAUCUCACCGUGUGCCCUAUGGCUCCAACACUAAGUUCACCCUGAACAUCCAGGCCAAACCUGAGCCAGAGAUCAAGUGGUUCCACAACGGAAAAGAGAUUCACCAGAGCAGCAAAUACCACAUGACCAACAUCAGUGGAGUUCUGUCUCUCCAGAUCAUCAGAUGUGUGACCGAAGACUCCGGGACUUACCGUGUGGUCUGCAGGAAUGCCAAAGGAGAGACUUCUGACUAUGCCACACUGGAUGUAGCAGGAGAAGAGUAUGCCGCCUUCUCUUCACUCCGCAAAGAUGAGGAGCCUCCAUCUGCCCAUCUGCCCGAGAUGACCAGAACUGAGGUGUACCACGUGUCCUCCUCCAAAACAACUGUGAAGGAAACUGAAACAGUUAAAGAGACCACCACUGUUGUUGAAAAGCCGAGGGAGAAACUGAGUGUUCCUGCCAAGAUCCUGACCAAACCACAGUCACUGACAGUGGAGGAGGGAGAGAAUGCCAGGUUUGACUGUGAUGUAGAUGGAGACCCGGCACCGGCUAUCACCUGGCUGCAUGAAGGUGCUGCUGUCGGUCCCUCCGCUCGCCAUCACAUCGUCUCUACUCAGCACAACUCCUCCUUCGAGAUCUCAGCUGUAGAGAUGUCAGAUGAAGGCAGCUACAGUUUACUUGUGGAAAAUGCUGGAGGCAAACAAGAAGCUCAUUUCACACUGAAGAUCCGGAAGUCUGAGCCAAAGGACAAAGUGGUCUCCACAACUAGAGUCACCUCUCCAGAGGCUAAGUCCCCUCUUCCCAAGUCUCCUGAGCCAAUCAAAUCUCCACAGAGAGUCAAGUCCCCUGAGCCUAUCAAGUCACCACAGAGAGUCAAGUCUCCAGUCUCCCCAAAGUCCCCAACACCAAAGUCCCCAACACCAAAGUCUCCUACUCCCAAAUCCCCAACUCCAUCUGAGAGGGAACGAGUGCUUUCUCCAACAAAGUCACCAAACAAGAAGCCGUCUUUCUCUGCUCUGCUCAGCGACGUCUCUGCAGCUUCCGACUCGAUUGUAAAAUUGUCGGUGAAGCUGACAGGAGAGCCCAAACCUGCAGUCUCAUGGACGAAAGACGGAAAGGUUCUCUCUCAGGGUGGGAAGUAUGAAAUAUUUGAGGAUUCUGGUUCUGCUUAUCUUGAGAUCUAUGAAUCUGAGGUCUCUGAUAGCGGGGUCUACAAGUGCACUGCUUCCAAUUCUGCUGGAGCAGCAUCGACGACCUGCACUGUCACUGUACGAGCCUCAAAGAGCUCCAAAGUAAAAGUCCGUGAGGACAUCAUUAAAAAGGAAGCAGUUGUUGAGGAAGUCUCGUCCUCUCUGAAGGAGGUGAAGUCCUCCCACAGCCAGAUGUCCGUCACAGAGGGCCAGUCUCUGACGCUGAGGGCCAACAUCCCCGAGGCCUCCGACAUCAGAUGGAUCCUGAACGGAGUGGAAGUGGAAAACUCAGAGCAGUUCAGAUACGGAGUGUCUGGAAAUGACCUGACUUUGACCAUCAGGUCCGUCAGCCAGCGUGAGCAGGGCAUCAUCACGUGUCGGGCUCAAACACCGCGAGGCCUCGUCAGAUGUCAGUUUGACACCACAGUGACGGCCAAGCGCUCAGACGCACCACACUUUGUGGUUCAGCCCCGGUCCCAGAACGUGGACGAGGGACAACAUGUUAAGUUCACAUGUGAAGUAGCAGGAGAGCCUUCUCCUGAAGUGGAAUGGCUAAAAGACAACAUGAUGAUAUCCGUCACAUCAAACAUCAGACUGAGCCGCUCUAAGAAUGUUUACACUUUGGAGAUAUGUGAAGCCACGGUUGCAGACAGCGGGAAAUACACAAUAAAAGCCAAAAACCAGUUUGGACAGUGCUCUGCAACAUCAUCCCUCAACGUCCUCACUCUUGUUGAAGAACCAACAAAAAUGACUGUUGUGGAGCAAAGAGCUUCUACUGACGCUGCGAGUAUGCACGGAGGUUGGGUGGCCUCAUCAGUUCGUAUGGAAGCAGCUUCCAUGCAGGCCAGCAGUUACAGCAGCAGCUCCCGCUCUGCUGCUGCUGAGCAUUCGUUUGAGAGCAUGUCUGCCACUAGCAUGUCUGCCAUGAUGGCUAAGUCUGUGGUUUCCAUGAGCUCCAGCAGCCAAACGAUGGAAAUGUCUACACUGUCGCAUGCUGAGGCCUCCUCCUCCUCGCUGAGGGCUCUGACCACCGGGGUUAAAAGAGGUUCUCCACCAAAGAUCGAAGCUCUUCCACAGGACAUCAGCGCUGAGCCAGGGAAGUCCCUGACCGUGGCGGGGGUGUUCUCCGGAGACCCCGCCCCCUCCGUCCAGUGGCUCCGUUCGGGUCGAACCCUUCCCAACGGGGACGAGCGGUACCACGUGGAGAACUCGGCCGACCUGUCCACCCUCCUGAUCUGUGCGGUGAAGGAGGCUGACGCCGGAGCUUACACCCUCCGACUGUCCAACGAGUUCGGCUCCGACUCUGCAACCGUCAACGUUCACAUUCGGUCCAUGUAAAAAAGGAAAAAAAAGUUCAUUUCUAUGCCCCCUUUCCCUCAUCCAGAACCUUUUUAUUUAGUGAAUGAGCAACAAUAAUCUGCUGGAUAAAGAUCUGGAUUUCUGUUCUUGUAAAUAUAAACUAUUUUUGUACCAAACUUGACAUUAAUUUAUGCCAAACUAGACUAAAGUCUAAAGUUGUUAUAAAAUGUGCCAUAUUGGACAAUUAUGACUUAGGAUUAUUGAACCACUUUUCUGUGACAUGUACAUAAUGUAUAUAGCCGAAUUUACCGGUUAUGAGAAAUGUAUGCAUUGUUAUUUAUGACAAUAAUAUUAACUGAAACAAAAGAACAGCUGCAGUCUGACAGGAGAAAGUUCCAGCAGGAACGAAUACCCUGUCAGACUGAGAAACCAAACUCUGUGCCUCAACGAUAAGUUGAAGUCUUAAGAUUGCCUCAGCAGGUAGAGAGGCUCCCUGCUGACGUUAUGAACUGCAAACACAAAGACAAAGUUGUUGUUUUGGACACGCGUCUGCGUGCGAUAUUACACUUUCCUAUGAGUUGUACCAUGAGUGUAAGGCCCUGAGUGCUGUUUGCAUCACCCUCAUGUAAGCAGCAUGAACGGCCUUGUGCUCAGACUGACUGUGUCGUACCACCGUGAUUUGAUGACGGCUCAGAGUGCGAGCGGCCUGCACUCUCAGCAUUUAGAUCAUUUAACAAAGAGCGCUGCUUCUGAUGCAGCACGGCCGGAUCGGCUUCUCACUAAGAAACAUCUCCUGGCCAUGAACGAACGGAACGCCGACGCCGGCUCUGCUGAGCAGAAGCAGCGCCGUCUCUCGGAGGAUAGCUAGCAUCGUGUUGUUUGAGUGUGAGUGCUUGUAGCUUUUAGUCCUUCCAGCCGUUAGUCAGAGUUUCUUUAUCCACAGCGACGCCACCUGCUGUCAGAGAGAAGCAGCUCUGCUUCACGCUGCACUUUGAUUUGUUGAUCUGUUGACGUAGAACCAUAUUUCAUCCUCCUUGAGUUUGAUGCGUUACUGAUUUAUUAAAGCAUGAUUUCAGCACUAAACGUGUCCUCAGAGUGUUUCCUGAGUCUGUGCUCGAGUUUAUGAUGAAGGACAUGUGACUUCAGCUUUGAGCGACUUUGUGUUUUUACUGCUAGACGACAGAACAUUUAUAAAAACUGUUCUGCUGUUGAUGAAAUAAAAACAUUAAACUGUGAAAA